GAAGUGCAGGUGGGAAAAUGGGCUGAGGUUGUAACAAGGGGGAUAUGGACUGUAUUGGGUGCAAGGGUUGGAUGGGCACUGUUGUAGGAUUAGGUGCUGUAGUGGGUGCAGGGGGUUUGCAUUUUUCACCCCCAAUUUCUGUCUCUACAUGAGCACCAGCAGCAAAAAAAGCUUGUCCUUAUUUUCUAAGCCCAUGAACACUCUGCAGGAGAGGACAUAGCAGGAAGUGAUGUCACUUCCUAGCUCCAGACUCAGCCUCUUCUCCUCAUAGAAUGCACAGCAGAUGAGAUAAUGGAGAAUACAUGGCACAGGUAGAGCAAUGUCACAUCCUGUUCCUGGCUACGAAUCAUUUCUGGCAAUGGCUUCUGGUAUCCAGUACUCUUUUUACAAUUCAUGUUUUUUUUUUUUUUUUUUUCUGGUUCUCUUUUACAUGUCUGGUUUUCUUUAUGCUGGGUUUUCUGGGUUCAUUCCUGUAUUCCGUUCCUGCAAUUCCCAGUCUCUUGGAUUCCUUUAAAUGUUUGUUUUUUGUUGCCACACCCGUUCCUUUCCCAUUAAUCCUUUUUGUUUCAGUCUGGUCCUGCUGACAGUGGUUUCAUUAUCUCUGCUCCUUUCUUUGCAGGUAAGUGCUGCAUGUUUUUUUUUAUUGUUUAUUUAGGCAUACAUAUCUAGGCAGUGGUUGGCUGCAUACAUCUUGGCCAUUUAUGUAUGUCUAUACAUUAUCUCCCAUGUUUAUUGCACAUAUUAGUAAUUAGUUAUGUCUCCUCUUGUUUUGCCUUGUAGUUCUUGUCUUGUUUUAUUUUGCCUUGUAUUCCCAGUUCAUGUACAGUCCUGUCAUGUCAUGCCCUUUCCAUGUCCUAAUCAUGUUUUCCUUAUGUAUUGUGUACAUGUUCUGCUUUCUGUCCUUCUUCGGUUCUGGGUUCUUCUAGUCUUGUCUUGCUAUCUUCUUUGGUGCCUGUUCUUGUCUUGCCUUUUUUCUAGUACUGGAUACAUAUCUGCUGCAGAGCCUCCCUAUUCAGAUCCUAGGUGGUCUGCAUAUAGUCAUCUGGGAUCCGCAGAAGCUGCAUCAGGGCCCUGGUAUGUGGCCGCACAAAGCUGGUGCUCAACACCAGGGGGCAUGCGCUUACCCUGCACCAGGCCCUGAUAAUCCAUUUCCACACAGUGACACCUACUAUCAAGACCAGGAAUACUGGGUCUCAGUCACCGGACCGCCACCCCUAACAAGCAAUAUCACUGCCAGGUUUCACUCAGAAGGUUUGUGGGGUGGGGGGUGUCAUUUACCACAACCCCUGCAACCUAUCACUGGAAUAUGUGCAUGCAUUGGAAUUUUGCCUUUCUGACUGUUAAUCUGGGCCCUUUGGCUGCCACUGGCCCUUAUUCAUGACCGAUGUGCCAAAGUGAUUUGUCUGCUCCUGCCUGAAUGCAUGUCAUCCAUACCUAAAGAUGUUUAGCACUGUACCUAUUUAAGCACAGAACCAGUAAAUUUCAUGGUAAGAAAUGGUACUGCAGGCAGAUUGACAACACAGUUCUGGAUUCAUCCAACACAUGACAUAACAUAUAUUUAAAAAUACCAGGUUUACAUCUAUACAUAAGAGAUUUGCACAAAAGAGUUUGGGAACGCUAUUUUUACUUGGUAGAUUCUUGUUUGGGGACUCAUUGGCGGAUUAGAAGGAUAGUAAUCUUCCAGGAGAUUUCAUACCUUUUUUUUCUUAAUGUUUCUGCAUAUCCCAUUCCAAAACCCAGGUGCUGAAGGAUUAGUGAAGAGAUUCAUCUAAUAGGGUGAUUAUUUGUUUUAUUUUUUGUUUUUAUUUGAAAGGGUCUUCUAUUAAUUAGAUAUGCUUUAUUCAUGAAUAUUUUUUUUUUUAUUCCUCAUUAUUAUAACUAUGUGAAAUAACGGCUUGUCAUAAACAAUAGUGUAAAUAAUGUAUUAAAUAUAAAUACUUUUUAUUAACCCUGCUUUAUAUAUAAUAAUGCAUCGCAAAUCUAUUUGGAACAAGUGUUAUAGUGCAUAAAAUGACAAUUGAUAUUUCCUACAAUGCAAAUAUUUUAAACAUUGUAGCAUAGAACACUCUUUAUACAGUGUAUUAUGUGCUUAGAUUAACAACAUUGCUUGUAAGAAAAAGAUAAGUCUAAAGCAUUGUUUCCUAAUUUUAUCUUAAUUAGCCAUUCAUGUGGUUAAAAUUGCUGACUAGAGUAUGAAACAGAGUCUUGCAUCUUAGUUUUAUUAUGCUUUUGUAUUUUUAAUGCAACAUAAAUAGCUCCUAAUGCAGCUGUAAUUGAUAUGUUGUAUACUUUUUAGUGUGGUAUUCUAAGCAUUAUUGUGAGGAAGUCAUAUAAUAUAAACCAAUUAAAAAAGUUGACUUAUUUUUUUUUUAUUUUUUUUUAUAAGUGGUCAAUUUAUAUGAAAUAAUCAAGAUUAAAAGCUCAGUAUUAUAUUUUCAUAUUACUCUGGUCUAAAAGAAGAGAAAAGCAUAUUACUGGAGUCUAAUCUGAAAAUGUAUAACCAUUAAGAAAUUAUAAUAUAUAUAUAUAUAUAUAUAUAUAUAUAUAUUUCCUUAUUAGCUUCCUUAUUUUUUGUGAUUUGCAAAAAACAAAUAACAAAACUGUCCAUUAGAAUAUCUGGGAAUUCUAAAAGUACUGCACAAGUACUAUAUUAUGACAAAAAUAGUGUGCAAACACUGCAUUUUUCAAAUGCCAUUAACAGAAUAGUGAGAGUAAAAUCCGACAACAAAACAAUAACUUGUAAUAAUAUUCAACAUUUUGCUACUUUUUCCUCUACUCUUAAAUUGUGCCAAGCUCCUCUCUAUAUGACACAUUUCCCCAUAUAUUUUUAAUUACCAGAAAACAAUUAUUUAGUUCAUUAUUUCUCCCAUUUUGCAGAACAUUUCCUUUACUACCACAUUGCCACAUGCUGGCAGUUGCUCACUAUAUAUUACUCCAUAUCCCAAAAAUAAUGAUAAUUCUUGUAGUCUUUUAUCUUUCCCCUUUCCUUUGACCCAUCCCCCGACAACUAUCUAUUUGCUCCUAUAUUUUUGACUAAGUAUGGCUAGUGAGACAUCAUCCAUAAUAGUUACCUCCUUUAAUGUCAAAGGUUAAGUAUUAUGCAGACACCCCCUCACUGACCUACCUCGCGCUCCCAAGUUGCAAUCACCCACGCCGACCGCUCACGUUCAUGUAAACAGUACCUCUGUUCACACGAAUGCCACUUACCAGAUACAGCACCUCUGUUCGUACGAACGCUACUCACCUAUACUACAGACAGAACUCCAUUCAUACAGACGCUUGCUCCUGAACACAGCAAGAACAGAAGUCUGUUAGUGAGAAUGCUGCUUCUUACACGUGCGACCACACAGAAGGAAGAACUUCAGGAGAAUCAAAAGGCGUGCGCGCCAACACAGAGCCUUUUAAAGGUACAGGAGGUGGAGACUAGGGUGGAACCUCAAUUAACAAGACCACCCACUUCCCCUAUUUAAGUCGCACACAUCUUUCGCUCAGUUGUACUGUGCUCCUGAUUGUAUAUAUACCUUCAGAGACUUAUAUCCUGAUCCUGAUCCUGUUCCUUAUUUUGAGCCUUGCCUGUAUGAUCGCUUCUGAACCUGUGCUGCCUUUGGCUUCCCCAACUAUUCUCUUUGUCUAAUCUUUUGGCAAACUUGGUUAUUUAUUUGCCUUCAGCAUCUAUCUGUAUCUUGGGCUCCAUCCACUAAACUGAGUUACCAACACUCAUAGAUUUCAGAAUAUAGACAGAAAAAAAACAAAUGGGAUACGGCUGUUUAAAUCUAAAAAAAGAUCAUGAAACACAAAGUAGUGUGAUUCAGUUAAAUAAAGUAAUAUGUGCAGUAAAUGGAUGCACUCACAGAAUUGAAGUAUUAGUUGUACUCAAUUGGUGCCUCCCCCAAUGAUGGAUCCCUUACCACGUUCCUUAUAUACCAGUUGAAAGCAAGACUCAAAAUAAGGAUUUUGAAAAAAGGAGCAGCUUUAUUACAGAUAAAAAGGUGAAUUGACACCAAUAGAAUAUUAGAAGAUAAGCAAUAUGCAUUUCAUCCCAUUCUAUUGGGACUUCCUCAGGGACCUAAAACCAAUAUCAGUAACAAUCAUACGAAAAAAAAGCAGCCUAUGAAAAACCACCCGAAGUCCAUUUAAAUAGUGCCAAUUCCCAAGCUCUAAUGGUGGUUUCAUGGGCGUCUUCAUUCGUCUGGGAUCCAAUCAGUCCGUUAUUUUCAUCCAGAGCAGCUGUGAGGCUUCGGUGAUCUCCUGGUCAAAUUGUUUUCUUUCUCGAUCGUUGAUCGUAGACCGGAAGCAGACGGAAAAUUGGAUACUUUUGUGUGUUCCAUUGUGCAUUUCACCGGGUGCAUAAUAGAUGUAAUAUACUCCCUCUAGAGGUCUCCAGGGGGAGUUCCAAAACAAUUAACACAAGGAAAGACAAAAAAAAUCAUACUGUAUGUCUGCCAAAGAGAAGUGGUGUUAUUUUCUUGCCAAACAUCUCUCAUUUAGAGGUAAAGUACCAUAAAAUGUCACACAGAUAAUUAACAUUCUCAUCUUAUUCACUUUAUGUUAUAUGCAGAUUUAAAACACAAAGUUUAAAGUGACAAGUGCACAAAUAAACAUAAUUAUAAGUUAGGAAUUUUUUUAACUUUAGUAUGUUCUUGUUAAAAAUAAUAAAUAAAAAAGAUACAAUUACUAUACGUAUGUCCGCACAUACCUAUCUAAAACAAAAAGUUAAUAUCUCGUUCAAAAGACGUCAUGAGAUAUUGUAAAAUACUAGUUGUAAAACAGAAAACAGAAGCGAGAAAUUAAUUGAAGUGGAAAGCAGAGACCACCAUGAGUAAUAAAGGUGGUUAUGGUCAUUUGGCAUGAAACUCUAAACCAAGUUAUGGAAAAUGAAGUUAUCGGAAGCAGACCAGGUCUAUGUCCUUAAUCAGUCCCUUAGGUUCUAAUAUUUGUAAUCUGUGAAUCCAGUAGGUUACACGUUUGGCGAGUUGUUUAACCCUAUCCUCGCCCCUCCAGUAAGGUAAAACUCUUUCUAUACCUGUACAUUUAAACUCUUUGAUAGAGAAUUUUGGACAUGAAUUACAGUGAACCGGGACCAAAUGUGUCAUAAGGCCUUUUCUAAUGUUGUUAAGGUGUUCCAUAAUGCGGACCUAAAGGACUCUUUUGGUGCGGCCAACACAUAAAUUCGUUCUAAUCUUGAAGUCUUCAUCCCCUUUCAUACUUUUCAAUUGCUUAAUUACAGAUGGUUGAGCUGGGUUAUUCCUACAGCCUAGACAAUUGCCACAUUUGUAGAAACCCACAGUCUCCAUGUUGUCAUUUUGUGUUCUGAUUUCUUUUAGCGUUGGAGCUAAUAUGGUCUUGAGAUUCGAUGCCCGUGAAUAGAUGACCCUAGGUUUUUCAUCCAAAAUAGUGCCUAAUGUGUUAUCUACCUUCAGAACUUUCCAAUGUUUAUUCAAAAUGUUUUUAACUUUCCCUGCCUGAAUGCUGGAGUUUUAGUAUUCAAUUUGAGUGGUUCUUUUCUACUCUCCAAAGUUUCUUCUGUUGGAAGGUUGAGAGCUCUUUCCAUUGCAUUAGUCAGCUUUUCUUCAUUAUAUCCUUUCUUGAGAAAUUGUGCUUUCAUCUCCUCCAUUUGGUUUUUGCAUAUGUCCAGUUCAGUACAGUUGCGCCUAAUGCGCCUGAAUUGUCCAUAUGGAAUAUUGUCAAGCCACGUCCUCUUGUGAUGACUAUAUGAGGGGAUAAAACUAUUACAAUCAACGGGUUUUUUGAACGUUUUAGUGUAGAUCAUCUCUUCUUUAAUAUAUAGCUCCAAAUCUAAAAAUUCAACUGAAGUUUUGGAAUGGGUAAAAGUAAAUCUAAGAUUAUAGGGAUUAAAAUUUAAGUACUUCUUAAAAUCUUCAAGUGAGGAUAAAUCCCCUUCCCAAAUAAAAAUACAGUCAUCUAUAUAGCGCUGCCACAGGACCAGGUUUGCACUAAAUGGGGAAUUAUUCCAAAUAAAUUCUUCUUCCCAUUUUCCCAUAAAAAGGUUUGCAUAACUCGGUGCAAACCUGGUUCCCAUGGUGUUGCCCUCUAUCUGUAAAUAAAACUUCUGUUGUGCCCAAAAGGAAUUAUGGCUUUGAAUAAAAGCAAUAGCCUGAACAAGGAAACUAAUCUGAUUGUUUUCUAAUUCUGAAUAUUUCGCAAAAGAGUGUUGGCUUCACACCCUUGGAGAUUAAGGUUCUAUCAACCAUCAAAUGGAAAAAAGAAUAUUUUUUAGUCACUGCGGAUGUGACGUCGUUAUACACGGUGAUUGAGCAUCUCCACGGUGAUUGAGCACAUUUUCAUCUGGCCGGUGAGAGAGAGAUAUUAACAACAUUGGACCCUCAGACUGUAAACUUGGUAUUAUCUGCUUUUUUCACUUGGAAUAUUUAUUUGUCUUUUAUAUCUAUGUGUAUGAUUUUGACAGUGUAUUUGUGCUAAUAAAAUCUUUUAUAGUAAACACUCUGUCGGCUACACUAUAUAACUGACACAGCUUUUUGGAUUUUUACCAUAGUGGGACAAUUUAUUUUCUCAAUUAUUAUAUUUAUCUUAAUGUUUACCGGUUCAUGUGUAUUACAGAACCCCUACUAGACCAACAUUUCAGCUAUUUCCAUUUUUCCUACCCCUCUAUAUGGGAGGAAAUGGUAUAAUUAGCUGAUACAUUUUUAUGUUACUUUGUGAAUACAUCCUGAAGCUACAAUUGAAGCUCCAUCUCCACAGAGUCCUGUAAUCACUAUUGUUAACUCAAUAGGCACCCAGUACUUAUAUUUUCAACCGCAGGUGGCGGCUAUUUCUACAGUGACACAGUGGUUAUGGUAGUCAUAUCGGGCCUCAUUAUCUAACUUAAGUAGUUACUCAUCAUUGUUUAUUGGUGUUUACCUAUUAAGUUGUGUUUGAUCUACUGUUGUCCAAUAGUAAGUUGUGCCUCUCUAGUUUAGUGGUUAGACUAAUCUCUUUCUCUAAAGCUUUCCUUCUGUAUCCCUUUUCCGUAGGUUUGUUCUUAAUGUGCUAUGACUGGAUCUCAAAAUCUCGGAGCUGUGUACAAUUACGUCUCAAGAGUGUAAAUUGUUCCUUAGCUUUUUCCUUAAGCCACGGUUGUUAAUGGCAACUUUUCUAAUGAACACAUCCGUUGCUGUCUGUUGGCUUGAAGAAACAUUUAGUUUUGAUCUGCCCAUUUUCACAGAACAAAGUUAAUCAAGAAAAUUAAUCUCGUCUUUGUUCCAUGUGGGGGUAAAUUUGAGAUUGUAUUGAUUAGUUUAGAAAAUAAACAACAUUUUGAAAACAAAAUGAAGACCCUUUCUAAAUAAUAACGUCAUCUAUAUACCUCCGCCAGAGCAGAGUGCAUCCAUUUACCUAGCAUAUUACUUUAUUUAACUGUAUCACACUAGUUUGUGUUUUAUGUUCUUCUUUUAGAUUGCUGGAUCCCAUGCUGGAUACUUCAUCAGGUACUAUUACGGGUCCCUUUUCUAAACUUAAGAAGUUACGCUCAGCAUUACUUAACUUGCAUCUGCAGGGCAUGUGGCGCUUUAAUCACCCUGCAGACAGAGAUUAUCCUACAACAGUGUGGGCAGCCCACAAAAGUAUAAUUAAAUGGCCUGUUAACUAGUACUGCACUAUAUGUUAAAAAAAUUGGUUUUAGUAACGAAAUAGUGAUGGCUAGGGAAAAGUAACUAAAUGGUGAUUCUAUAUGCAGAUCAAAUGAGACGUGAGUAAUAAAAAUUAUGGAUCUACAGUUGUAAUCAAAAUUAUUCAACUCCCAUUUUAAAUCAGGUUCAUGUUACAAAAAAUACAGACUUUCAGCUGUUUACAAUGAACAAGUCAAACAAAAGCAAUUGAAACAGCUCAACACAACAAAUGCUUCAAGUGGUUUUCAACUUUCAACUGAAAAUGCAACUUAUAAUGACUUCUCCAGUCUCAAUAUUAUUUAACCCCCUGAAUAGAAUCCCUCACAACAGCACAAAUAUGCAAAAUGGGUGUUGUCUUGAGCACACGUGACACAACUAAUCAAGGUCUUCAUUAGUUGCACCAGGUGUGUUUGAACUGGAACACCUGAAAUACGUGAACUGGCUAGGGGUUUGUAAAAAAAAUAGGUAUUUACUUGAAGAACAGAAAACAAAAAUAUCUUGACUAUUCAAUUAUAAAUAUGCCAGAUUGAGUAAAUUUCUAAUUAGUUUUUCCCUACAGUUAAAGGAAGCAUAUUUGUUGACCUUUCCUUUUUAAUGUUUCAUUAUAUAUUAUACCAGUAUACAAUCAGAACAUCAAACUGAAUUACAUUGAACAAUGCACUAAUACUAUUAACAAGUCAUAUUUUUAUUGAUAUUUUGGAUUAUUCCUUUUGAAAAACAUGUAACUUUUGUUUUUUUGGGGAAGGAAAUCUCAGCCUGACACUAUUUUAUUUCAUGGAUUUCCUACAUUAUAUAUUUUGAAUUAUCCAUCUAUUUUGUUCAGUUUGUUACAAUAUGUAAAAGCAUUGCAUGCAAAUAAAAAUACAUAUGUAAUUAGAAGUGGUAUAUUUAGUUUCAAUAAGCUCCUAAAUAUAACUCUGCUUAAAGAUGCUAUGUUUUCUUAUUAACGGAUUAGUGAAUCAUCUCAUAUAAACUUUAUAUAUUGAUAUACAGAUUACAUAAUAUAAUACUUACUUAUUAAUGUUCUACACCGGUUCAACAAGAUUUUUUAAACAUAACAUCACUAAUCAAAGAAGAAAAAAAAAACAUAGUAUACAUUACUGAUUAUAAUCCCUUAGUAUUACUUUGUCACUUAUACGGGUGAUGACUAGCUCCGUACAUUGCCCACAAGUGAGGAAAUCCAGAAAUAGCUACAUUGAGGCAUACGGCAAAUUUCGAGCAUACCAAAGUCAUAGGUAUUAUUUGGGCCUGCAAGGACAUCCGGUAUAGGCCAAUAGCAUCAUUUACUGGGCUGCCACAUGGACUUUGUGGUUUAUUUGCUGCAGUGUCCAUAUGGUAAACAAUGUGUUGGCCGCACCAAAAGAGUCCUUAAGGUCCGCAUUAUGGAACACCUUAACACCUUUAUAUAAACCCCUACAUGCUGAUUAACCCUUAAUAGGGAACACAUGGGAUGGGUGGCAGCAUUGUAACAUAGCUGUGUGAUACACCUAGGAGGGAGGAUCCCUCUAGAGGUUUGCCUUGACGUGGCAGGUGGACAUUCCCUCUCAUGGUCAUUGGAGUAACUAGGUAACCUCCAUUUGUUUAAAUGUACAUGAGGAUUUGGGAAGAGCGCAGGUAACUUUUUUUUCUUUAGGAUUAGGUAGUGUUAGCUUGGGUUUGGGUUAACUAAGUCAACUGUGAUUAUCUAGUGUUAAGUUUAGUUAGGUAUAAUGUUAGCUAGGGCUAUAUAUGGCUUGGGUAAGAUAUGGUUAGAUUGGGUUAGACAUGGCAUCAUAAAGCUUGAUUCUCAUCAGUAUGGUGACACAGAUGAUGUCACUUCAACGAAUAGCUUCUUUGGGAAGCAAGCAAAGAGGCGUGAUAAAUUUAGGGUGUUUUUUUUUCAAAUUUGACCUCUGUAAGAUCCCCAAAUCUGGAAAAAGUAUACAUGUGGGAUAUUGCUGUACUCAAGUGAUGCAGUGUCAUGCAGAUAUAGGAUAUUUGAAAUAGGUAGGUACUCAGGACUUGUUAUCCAUUAUAUUAAUUAAAUUUGGCAAACAUAAGUAAAAUGGUGAAUACUUUAUUUUUAUACAGUUAUUUUUAACAUACAUACUGCUUAAUACAUAUAAUAUCAUUGAAUAUAUAUAUAUAUGUAUAUAUAUAUAUACACACAAAAACAGAAAAAUAAUCCCUUAGGUUUUCAAGAAAAGCCGCGGCUUUUCUUAUUGCUGUUCACGUGUUUUUUUAGCAAAACUGUAAGUUUGUUCGUUUUGGUCUGCAUUGGGCCACGCUAUCACUGACAUUCCAUAUGUGUUCAGCCCAUAUUUGGCCUUUCACUAACCAGGGGGGCAUUAGCAUUUCAGUCCGUAUUCGUUCUUUAUCCGGAAUUUAUGGGGAAUUUCACUACAAACGCAAAUACAGCUUAUUUCAAUCACAACAUCACAGUGAUAGCACAAUUAGGUUCAUGCAUUCUGCUUACUGUAUUUGAACAUAUUGUAUUUUAUAAUAUACACUUUAGUUAGUCACCCUAAGUUAUUUGGUAUAUUACAUACUAUUAUAUAUAAACUUUUCAUAUUUGCAGCUUUUGUUACGUAUGUUCACCAGGCCUCAGUACCUAUAUGUAUUUCUUUAUGGUUGCCCUCUUGGUAUUCAGGCACUCACUGGGCCUAUAAUGUUAAUUAUGUAAUUAUGUGGCUAAGUGUUGCUACUGACUGUCUAAAUUCAUGUCAGGUCCGAACUUGGUAUGGUACUGCCUGUUAAUAAUCUGUCUUAUUUCCCUGUCUGUCAAUACUUACAUUGUUUUAGCCCUUUCUGGGCUACGCACGGGCAUAGUCAAUCGUAGUUUUAAAUUGUCGGUCAUAAUUAUGUCUGUUCUAUGGUUAUAUGGCUAUAUACAUGGCCCUCAUCUAAAUAUGUUAUAGUCACACUUCAAUCAAGACAUGCCACGAACCAGGUCCGCCACUUGGGGACACUCCACUGCCCAAAAAUGACACAAAAAAAACCUAAAAAAAAACUGCUUAGCAGAUAGAAUUUUUUUUAUUGGGAUUAUAUUUACAAGUGUGUCUUAACAAGCCCUACAGGGCCUCUAACACAUGGUACUGCCAUUCGAUUCGACCAUCACUAGCCUCAUAUUAAUGCAUGUUACUCUACAUUAUACUAGCAUUUGCUGUUGCUUUCAAACCUAUUGUGUCAUACCAAUUAUGUAUGCAUAAGUGUUAAUCAUCCUCCUAAGCAUUCCACAAGUAUGCCUUAUAAAUGUAUGUAUUAUAUAAAAAUAUUACGUUCACCAUUUCAAAAGCUAGACAUUUUAUAAAUAUAUGUCUUAUAAAUUCUGUCUCCUCCUACGUUUAGUGUACGGCCAUCACGGCCUCAAACCAAUUCAGCACUAUUGCAUUCUCGUGGUCCAAACCUCAUUCCUAUUGUAAAUUCUCUUUUAUACCUUUUGUUCAACUGGCUCAGUAAGUAUGUAUUGUAUAACUUUUAACAUGUGUAUCUCUUACUGUCUCUAUGUUAACCAUUUUACAAGCUAGAUGCUUAUUAUUAUUAUUGUUAUUAGUAUUUGCACCAGAGGUUUCUUUACUGUCUCAUUACUAUCAUAUUUCCUUUAAUCGCUACUUCUCCACAACUCUACAACCUAUAUUUUAUCUACCAAUCACCCCCUCCAUUACUUUUAUCACAGCCUCACGUGGCCACCCUGCACCUCAGGACUUACCCUGGGCCCCUUCUCGGACUCAGAUACAUUGUCCUUGGAAAAGGCCAUGGGACUUUGCAACAUCCGUUUCACGUGACCCUCAGUGGGCAACAUACUAUGUUCCUAUUUCAGCCCUUCAUUAGGUUUUUCAUUUGUAUACUACUACACCACACUACACAAUAUCGAUAAAUUAAUCAUACCUUUCUAUAUAACUUUCACUUGGUCAUCCUCCUGGGGAACCUGUAUUCUUCAUCACAUGUCUUGUCCCUACCCAUGUCAAACACUGUGGUUCAGCAGUAUCUAUUAGGUGGGGUCAUCAUCACCUACAUAGGACACAGCCUAAAUAUACUCACAUGUUGCAAACGAUUCAGUGUCAUCAAUACUGUCCAGAUCUUGAUUAAUUAAAUACCUUUAAACAUGGUCCUUACUUGACCUUUACUACAUUCGCUUCACAAGGCCCUCUAUGUGCAACCCAAUACAACACAAUUUUGGGUUUGAAAGGAGGGGCCUGCUUUAAAAGGGUUAUAAACUGCCUAUCUUACUUAUUACAAUUAUACGCUUAGUCGCGCUAGACCUACACCAACCCAACCUAUAUUUCCCUCUGUGAGCCUAAGGAAUCCAGGAAACCUUACUCCUUCAUCCAAUAGGUUUUAUCCUUACUCCACAUAUUAAGCUACUUCGGUCUAGCACGGUAUUGACAACGUUACAUACGGCAAGUCACCUACAUCUAGACAUAGAAACAUAGAAUGUGACGGCAGAUAAGAACCAUUCGGCCCAUCUAGUCUGACCAAUUUUCUAAAUACUUUCAUUAGUCCAUUAGUCCAUUAGUCCCUGGCUUUAUCUUAUAGUUAGGAUAACCUUAUGCCUAUUCCACGAAUGCUUAGACUCCUUUACUGUGUUAACCUCUACCACUUCAGCUGGAAGGCUAUUCCAUGCAUCCACUACCCUCUCAGUAAAGUAAUACUUCCUGAUAUAAUUUUUAAACAUUUGUCCCUCUAAUUUAAGACUAUGUCCUCUUGUUGUGGUAGUUUUUCUUCUUUUAAAUAUAAUCUCCUCAUUUACUGUGUUGAUUCCCUUUAUGUAUUUAAAUGUUUCUAUCAUAUCCCCCCUGUCUCGUCUUUCCUCCAAGCUAUACAAGUUAAGAUUCUUUAACCUCUCCUGAUAAGUUUUAUCCCGCAAUCCAUGAACCAGUUUAGUAGCCCUUCUCUGAACUCACUCUAAGGUAUCAAUAUCCUUCUGAAGAUAUGGUCUCCAGUACUGUGUACAAUACUCCAAGUGAGGUCUCACCAGUGUUCUGUACAAUGGCAUCAGCACUUCCCUCUUUCUACUGCUCUUUCUACUCCCUAUACAACCAAGAAUUCUGCUAGCAUUUCCUGCUGCUCUAUUACAUUGUCUGCCUACCUUUAAGUCAUCAUAAAUAAUCACCCCUAAAUCCCUUUCCUCAGAUGUUGAGGUUAGUACUGUAUCAAAUAUUCUGUACUCUGCCCUUGGAUUUUACGUCCAAGAUGAAUUAUCUUACCACUUAUCCACAUUAAAUGUCAGUUGCCACAAUUCUGACCAUUUUUCUAGUUUACCUAAAUCAUUUGCCAUUUGGCUUAUCCCUCCUGGAACAUUAACCCUGUUACAUAUCUUAGUAUCAUCAGCAAAAAGACAUACCUUACCAUCAAGACCUUCUGCAAUAUCACUAAUAAAAAUAUUAAAGAGAAUGGGUCCAAGUACAGAUCCCUGAGGUACCCCACUGGUGACAAGUCCAAGCUUCGAAUAUAUUCCAUUAACUACAACCCUCUGUUGCCUGUCACUCAGCCACUGCCUUAACCAUUCAACAAUAUUGGAAUCCAAACUUAAAGAUUGCAGUUUAUUGAUAAGCCUUCUAUGUGCAACAGUGUCAAAAGCCUUACUGAAAUCUAGGUAAGCAAUGUCUACUGCACCACCCUGAUCUAUAAUUUUAGUUACCCAAUCAAAAAAAAUCAAUAAGAUUAGUUUGGCAUGAUCUCCCUGAAGUAAACCCAUGUUGUCUCUGAUCUUGAAAUCCAUGUGUUUUUAGAUGUUUAACAAUCCUAUCCUUUAACAUGGUUUCCAUCACUUUCCCCACUACUGAAGUAAGGCUUACUGGCCUAUAGUUGCCCGACUCCUCCCUAUUACCUUUCUUGUGAAUGGGCACAACAUUUGCUAACUUCCAAUCUUCUGGGACUACUCCUGUUAACAAUGAUUGGUUAAAUAAAUCUGUUAAUGGUUUUGCUAGUACACCACUAAGCUCUUUUAAUAGCUUUGGGUGUAUUCCAUCAGGUCCCAUUGACUUAUUUGUCUUUACUUUUGACAGUUGAAAUAGAACCUCUUCCUCUGUAAACUCACGUGUAAUAAAUGACUCAUUUAUCCUUUUUCUCAACUGAGGUCCCUUUCCUUCAUUUUCAUCUGUAAAUACAGAACAAAAAUAUUAAUUGAGGCAGUCAGAUAGACCUUUAUCCUCUUCUACAUACCUUCCUUCUUUUGUUUUUAAUCUAACUAAUCCUUGUUUUACUUUUCUUUUGUCAUUUAUGUAUCUAAAAAAAAACGUGUCCCCCUUUUUUACUGACUGUGCUAUUUUCUCUUGUGUGUGUGAAUUGGAACCUCUUAUAACUUGCUUAGCCUCUUUCUGCCUAAUCUUAUAGAUCAUUUUGUCUUCCUCACUCUGUUUUUUUUUAUAAAUACUAAAUGCUAACUUUUUGUUUUUAACUAUUUUGGCCACAUCUGCGGAGCACCACAGUGGUUUCUUGAACUUUUUGCUUUUACUGACAAGCCUAAUGCAAUUUUCUGUUGACUUCAGUAGUGCAACUUUUAAAUCAUCCCAUUUCUCUUCGACUUCAUAUAAAUUGCUCCAGGCUGAUAAUGACUCCUCUACACAUAUUCUAAUUUUAGAAAAGUCUGUUUUUCUAAAGUCUAAAACUUUUGUUUUUGUGUGGUGUGACUCAGUCACUGUUCUUAUAUUAAACCACACUGACUGAUGAUCACUAGAUCCUAAACUUUCACCUACAGUAAUAUCUGAUACCAAAUCUCCAUUUGUUAACACUAAAUCUAGUAUGGCCUCUUUACGAGUUGGCUCCACAAUGACUUGUUUUAGAGACAAUCCCAGUAGGGAGUUUAGAAUAUGUGUGCUCCUGGCACAAGCAACUAUUUUUGUUUUCCAAUUCACAUCAGGAAAAUUAAAGUCACCCAUCAAGAUAACUUCCCCCUUCAUUGUCAUUUUAGCUAUUUCCUCAACUGGUAGAUUAUCUAACUCUUCAAUUUGUCCUGGUGGCCUAUAAAUCACACCUACACGAGUUACUGUGUGAUUACCAAAUUCUAACGUAACCCAAACGGACUCUAUAUUCGCCACACUAACUUUUAUUACGCUAGAUUUUAUGCUAUCCUUCACAUACAGGGCCACCCCUCCCCCUUUCUUGCCUUCCCUGUCUUUUCUAUAUACAUUUAAUAAUCUAUCAUGUUGGUUAUUUACCUCAUUUUCCUUUGAUCACAGGCUCAGAUGGCGCUCCACUACAUACAACGUUGCCACCCUGAUAUUCAUGACCAUUCUCCCUACCACUACAUUCUGUCCAAACAACAAAGGCAUCAUUCUUGACCUCUACACGAUACUUACAACCUUGAUAUGUUUAUUUCACGUUUGUUCGUUCCAUACAUCUGUACCCCCCACACAGCCCUAUUUUUUCAAUUUUGCAGCUCAGGACUUAUAUUGGGCACUCUCAGCCUUUUGCUAUGAUACCUCUACACAUGGCCGUCAUUAGGCCUUUACACCAAAAGGUUACAAACGGCCAUCCUUGGGCAAACCACUACGAUCCAAUUUCGGCCCCCCAUUUGGGAAUUUGCAUACAACAUUUUCCUGCUUAUGAGGGGAAACAACAACCCUUUCAUAUCACAUUCUACUUUUACACACUGCCUCGCUAGGCCCACCGAAGUCCUCCCUAUAUGGCCCCUCUCUUGGCACACUCACAAGAACCCAGAACCCCUCAUUACACAAUUAUACGUAUUCAGGCCUCUUCGAUCUGUCUGUUUUACCUUCAUCUAAGGUGCAUACUAGAUCUCAUAAUUCACUUCACACUAGUAAGCUAGAGAUGUGAUAUACAUGUUUUGGCAUUUAAUUACGCACAGUGGGAACUCAUAGCUAGAUUCAGUUCAAUCAGGUAUCUCUUUUCCUUACUAGGCAUGUACUAAUUAUACAUAAGUUCCCUUAUUUUUCAAGAUUCCCACCAUUCUUACUUAUCAACCUGUUGUUGACGUAUUAAUUGUUAACCACAACACAGGUACGUUAUCUCAAUUAGCACUUACACCCUCCUGGACAUAUUCCCAUUGUGCCUCUAGGUUCCUCUCUACGAUAAUCUUUCUCAAGCUCAACCUCACUAGUUAUUCAAGGUACAUACAUUCCAAAAUUCACGUCACUUCUUUUGGUGGCCUUAGUUCCUCAGCCAAAAUCACAGCUAGAGCCUAUCUGAGCCACUUGGAAUUUAGCAAGACCUCACCUUCCCCUUGUAUAGCUAAACUCUUCGCCGUCUGGCACUUAGCAGGCUGCCAGUUGAUACAGAGCUACACUCUCAUCGACAUGCCCAUUACAUUUACUCAUUGUUUAUUUAUUGCCAAGUGCCCUGCCAGACCCUCCACCACAGCUAGUCUAUUGUACUCUGGUCAAUGUCAGGAUACCACUAACACAGUUCCUUGUUAUCUUGGACCAUUCCUAAUUGCUGCCGAACUCAUGCUUAAAGACUUACUGUUCCCAGAUAUAGCACUGAAACCGAGCUGUACAGACUCAUGAUGCCCGUGCAAGUAUCACAGACAACAUGGCAGAGAUGCAUGUUAUGAUGGCAUCCAUCCUUUCAUCAUAAUUAUGUUCUAUGGUAGUCUGGAGAAUUAGAGUUCCUAGCCCUCACACGGAGUAUCCCACUGUGUACCCCUUACUUUUAUCCACUAUGGGUGACAUCAGAAGUUACAGUCCAGCACACACUCCUUCUACUCACGUUAUUUCAUCGACACAUUUAUUUCUCCCGUCAUCAGGAAGUACAUAUUGGUAGGCAAAGACAUCAAAGACAUCGCAGAUUGCCUCCCAAGACCUUGUAGAUAACUAUCUAUUCCUUAUUCCUUACUACACCUUGCCUGAUAUCACUAAUUCCCUUCAAAUUAGUUCCCUGCAACAUGCCACAGUGGACAUCCCUGUGGCAUUUGCAUGGUAUUAAGUGGUUGGGGCAUUUUAUUUGCCACCCGUCUCAUGCCUGGGGUCUAUAGCAGCCCUAAAUUAUUCAAUGUAUUUGUGGUGAUCCUCUCAUGGCUGCUAUUGACUGUCUGUGACUGUUAUAUAACGAUACAUUAUCAUGACACAUUUCUGACUGUUGAAGGCCCAUGGCCCUGUUUUAUCCUGGUUAUUCCACUGCACCUAUUUCAUCCUGGGUAUAAGAUAGGCCUAUAUCUGUUAUAUUAUUAGGUGUACAUCUUGACUUAUUGUCAAUACAGCCCUGCCCUCCGUGUGUCCAGCGUAACAGGAAAGAUAGAGUUAUUCAUUGGCAAAGGUGCCUGUUCCCGUUUGUAUCUCCAGUCUCUCCUUGGUUCUCUGUACUUUGCCAUGUGCAUUAUACCACAAGGUAACCCCUUAUUUCCUGACUUCUCAGCCUACUCCAGGUUUCAUACUAACAGUAGCACCAUGACAACACUUGUUUGAGCAGACUUGUUCAUGUGGCUAACGUGCUACUCCACCGUAAUGGGUAAGGCAUGAACAUUCCCCCACUGACAAAUGACUCCCCUGUUAUUUGAGACUGGGUUUGCAGCCAUUAUCAAGGAGAACUGGUUCGGUGACACAUGGCCCGCAGAGACAUGAAGCCGAAUCUUUUAGUAACGUUCAGCUCUUGUUGUAGUAUACUCCAUCACAUCCACUGCACGCUCCUGGGGUUCUCUUUGGGGGAGGAAGUCUGUCAAUUACUACUCAAACACAGCAGUAUGCAAAGUUACUUGGCUGGCAGCAACACAACAAAUUUACCUUGUCUGCAUACACAUACCAGCCUAUCACAACAUAGCAGCUGAAGCCUUGUCUCAAUCCCGUUUCAGGUUUUCCGCAAAAUAUUCCACGGCUGCUUAACCACAUACUAAAACUCCUACAUUCCAGGAUCUCAUUCUGGAUUAGCUCAUCUCAUGGUCAUUGUAGAUUGCUGACACACGUGGCUCUCUCUGCUAAUAACAACCAUUUAUAUACCAGAACUCUGGCCAUUUUAAUAAGUUCACUUCAGAAUAUCAAAUUGUCAAUCUGUACUCUAUUGAUACCAUGGUGACAUUCACAUCCUUUUGCCACCUCAACCUUAAAUUAGCUUACAAACACUUAAACUUAUCUCAUAUCCACCGGUAGUCAGAUACCUACAUACUGUCAACAAUAAAUGGUGCCAGGUUAACAUACUAGACCAAUUGUCUGACACUCACAAGAAGACACAGGCAUAAGCUCUAUUUUGAGGUUACACGGUAACCACUCACUGCAUCAAUUUCAUCCUGUAUGCCAGGACACAAUUCAGAAAACUCUGAUACGACCUUUCAAAAUAUUCAGUUCAUUCUUUUAGAAUAAGCACUGCUUCUGCAGCCUUUAGUAAACAUCCCAGUGCACAUCAUAAAUUGGGACAUUGGAUUUAUCUGCAAACACCAGAUAUCCCUCAAACAGAGAGGGAACUGAGGCAGGCAUUUAAAGUACUGGUUAUGUAAUGUCAACACGUAUUAAGGAUUAAACGGUUAACUUUUUGCCUCUUUUACAGGCCUACCCAAACGUUGGUUUCGGCAUGACACAACCAACUUACCACCACUACUAUAACUCUGCUUAUUGUCCCCGACUACAAAUGGAAAGACACCCUGGCCACAUAUAAUGUUCAUAUUUCACACUCAAAUCACACUUUCACUGAUGAUAUCAUCAUUAUUAUACAUUUUACUGCUCUAAAACACUCAUAUUUGUGUUCAGUGAUGUCUCACAAAUAAAACAGUACCCCAUGUAAGGGUUUAUGGGAUUUUGGGAAAUUACAAGGUCAAACAUAGGGCUUGCAAAUUAUAUUCUCUGGGAUUUCUUCCUGGGUUGUUAGGCAGGUCCACAAUAUAUAACUAAUAAUAUAUAUUAUAAUUGUGUGUGUGUGUGUAUAUAUAUAUAUAUAUAUAUAUAUAAAUACCAGUAGAGAACACUCAGGAGACUUUCAAGGUAAAUUUCAUCUGUUGCUUUAUUGAGCAAUUACAAAUUUACACAACGUUCCAGUCGACGUUUCAGUCUGUAAAAGACUUUUUUCAAGACAAUUGUGUAUGUGAGAUGGAUACCUUAUAUACAAAAAAUGCAUUGAUCCUAUUUGGAGGUGAACAGGUGACAAUGUAACAACGGAUCAGAGUGAUGUAAUUAAUGACGUAAACAUGUUUAAAUUACAUAAUAAAUUAAGGUUAACCCUAUGUGUACCUGGUAUGUGAAACAUACUCUCGUGUAGAUAAGUCAGAGAGUAAUAAAAGAUAAAUAACUAUAAAAAUAAAGUAUAUACAAAUGUUUCAACCCUAACCAAGGGAACAUAGAUACAUAGUACAUAUCGUCAUUAGCUAAAUAUUAACUCAGUUAUAUAGCAAAAUAUUGUCAGUGUAAUUUUGAAGCAAUAUGCGAUAUGGACUACUUCCAUCAUGGAGUUAUGGCAAAUAACUGUACUAUAUUAAUGCAUUCUGUAAAACAUAGCUCAAUCAUAUAUUAUCUUCUAGGUAAAAAACAAUAUAAUGAGUUCUCAUUUAAACCAGAUGGUGAUAAUGUUUCCAACGUGUAUAUCCAGAAAGCCUCUCUUCUGACUAACAGGUUAUCACAAUCUCCUCCUCUGGGUGAGAUGGGUAUGUGAUCUAUUCCCAUAAAGCGAAGUGAAAUGCCGGGCGACUGGAGUGCUUGCAGUGCCGCUCAGUAGUGCUGACCGUAUAGUAAACCUGUGACCCCGCAUACGUUCCCUUAGGUAAUUAGAUGUCUUGCCCACAUAAGUGAGACCACAGGGGCAUAUAAUUCUAUACACAACAUGUGUGGUCCUGCACAUAAUCCGGUGUUUAAUUGUGUACACCUUUCCAGAUUUUGGGUGACGGAAGGUUUUACCCGGUAUCAUAGAAUUGCACGCCAGACAGUUCAAACAGCGAAAACAUCCUGCUGUUGUCACUUUCUGUAAUGACUGUGUUGUGGACACUAUAUCUGCAUGCAUCAAAUAGUCUCUCAAAUUUUUCCCUUUUCUGUAACUCAUAAUGGGAUGUUUUUUAAAUACAGGAGGCAGUGAUGAGUCAUUGUAAAGAACGUGCCAAUUUUUUUUAAUGGUAUCUCUGAGUUUUUGGGACUUUGGAUGAAAUGCUUGAGGGAAGAUGAAUCGAUCACCGAUGUCUUGAUGAAUCCUGUUUUCUGCAAUUGAUUCUAUUGCCUUUGUGUAUGCCACAUUCAAAACUUUUUUUGAAUAUCCUCUUUGUUGGAAUUUUUGGAACAUGUCCUGAAUCUGUAUCUUCGCCCGGCUGUCAUCUGAGUUAUUGCGCAAUACUCUUAUGAAUUGGGAGAUAGGCAGUGACUCUUUUAGUUUUCUAGGAUGGAAACUUGUAGAAUGCAGAAUAGUGUUCCUAUCCGUUGAUUUAGAAAACAGAGUAUAGCCCAAGCGAUUGCCUGAGAUGAAAAUUUGAAGAUCCAGGAAAUUGAUAUUAGUCAUACUCGACUGGUAAGUGAAUCUCACAGGUGUAGGAAGUGAAUUCAAUGUGUGCAUCAUGUUAACAAACCUUUCCUCUCCACCAGUCCAUAGAAGAAGGACGUCAUCUAUAAAGCGGAGGUAUUGUAAUAUAUGUUCUCCAUAAGGCCCAAGGAUCUGUUGUUGCUCAAAAACAAACAUGUAUGCAUUUGCAUACAUGGGGGCCAUAGGAGCCCCCAUUGAAGUUCCUGUCUGUUGUAUAUAGAAUUUUGUUUCAAAUCUAAAAUAGUUCAAAGUGAGGCAUAGCUUCAAACGUUCCAGUGUAUACUCCAGAGGGGGAUUCACCCACUCAGUAAAAUUCGGUAGAACUUCCUUGAUUGCUAGUAUACCAUCAUUGUGUGGGAUAAUUGUGUAUAAGCUAGACACAUCAAUCAUUGCUAGUAAAAUCCCCUCUGCCGGUACUGGGAUAUUGUUAAGACGUUCAAUAACAGCUGCACUGUCUUUGACACAAGUAGGCAAAGAUAACACUGGAGUUUUAAAUAUCUUGUCCAGCCAUUUACCGAUGGGCUCCAAUAAACCACCAAUUGCUGAGACUAUAGGUCGUCUCGGGGGGUGAAUGGGGUCCUUAUGCACUUUUGGUAGUGUACAACAUCGGGCACCUGGGGUGAGUUUCAUGUAAGUACUCAAAUUCUUGUUGUGUUAUAUAGUGGUUUUCUACCUCUCUCUGUAGUGUUGCAAAAAUAGUUUUCCUACAUUCCACGGUUGGAUCUAUUUCAGAGCAUUUGUACACUUUAUCAUCUGAAAGUUGUCUUAGAAUCUAAUUUCUAUAGUCUUGAUAUUGCAUCAAGACAAUAGCCCCACCUUUGUCCGCUGGACGAAUAGUGAUGGUAGUAUCUGCAGCCAAGUUGUUAAGGGCAUCCCUUUCAAUUUUGGAAAUAUUGGCACCUUUUUUGGUCUUAUUGAGGUAAUGUCUGCUUUCAGAUCUUAGGCUCUGUGAGAAGACCUUCAGGGAAGCGUUAUUACUCGGUGGAUCAAAUUAACUAUAUCAUUUCAUAGUUUCUUGCUGUUCAUUUACAACAUUCUCUGGGUGAGAUUUAAAGAAGUCAGCCAGUCUUGGUUUACGUUGGAAUCUAUAUUGAUCAACUUCCCAUUCAAAGUCAUUAAUAUCAGUGGUGGGAAUAAAUGACAGUCCCUUUGAUAACAAUGUGGUUUCAGGUAUUGUUAAUAUUUUGCUUGAUAAAUUAAUGAUAGGGUUUUCAAUUACCUGCGAGGAGGUCUCCCUCUGAUGCCGGUACGUCUUCCCCUUCUGGCCUCGCCUGGCUGGUCUGUUUCGGGUAAAUGUUGAUUUGUGUUGCUUAUAUUUCUUUGAUGUGUAUUCGUCAAUACAGGUUCCCUGGUAAGGCCCAAGCCUGGCUCUAAAAAAACUACAUAUAUAUAUAUAUAUAUAUAUAUUAAUAUCAAAAUAUGCUUAGAAUGAAAUUAUAAAUACAUAUAAUUUGGUUUUUGCUUCCCAAGCCCUACCAAGCCUCAAUAGCCAACCAGUAACAAACCUCAUGCUAAUGAUUUUCAUUAACAAUGAUACAGCUGUCGAUGAGUGGUUCACUGGCUUUGCAUCUUUUCCUAAGUUGUGUUUCAAAGCUGUUGUGUACAGCAAACACAGACUCAAAGGAAACCAUGUUUAAAAUGGAAUGAAGCAAAACUUUGAUUCUCUGUUAAACUAAUUUGCAUAUGCCCACCCAGAAUCCUUUGCGGUAGUAACAUCACUGCAAAUUUGUGAUUUCUGUGGGAAAAUAAAGACUGGUGUGCGGAUUUUUUGUUUAAUAUGGUAUUAACUAUAUAUAUAUAUAUACAAAGUAUAUCCGGUGUCACUCCGUUGCCCGGGCACACGCCGAUAGCGUUCGGCUAUUGGUCGCCCAUAGGACUGCUGAUGGCAUGUGGAGUACUUCGGAGGCUCCACAGAUGUAACACGUGAGUCGGAACGUGUCUCCUUAGCAACCGGAGUAUGCUGAUCCCACUGUGCGAAUCAGCACUUCCCGUCUACUUAUGGCUAAACCUCUAUACGGACACAAAAUAAACCAAAUAAGGUCUCAACAGAAUCCUGUUAUUUCGUAAAAGUCUAUAAGCCACUAUUCUAGAUGCAAAAAUUAAAUUAAACGCACAUCCUGCAUAUAAUAUGGAUAUUUUUCCCUUACAUACAUAUAGAACCCACUGUCAAAAAACAUCAGUUUAAAUCAAGUAAGGUGAAUGGAGUCCAAAAUCUUCUUAAAGUGACACUAAUAAAGUGAAUGAGAUUAAGAAUCUUAAAGUGACGGUGCAUAAAUAUUUUUCCAUGUGUCAGAAUCUUUAGGCUGUGCAUCAAAAAUAAUGUACUCAAUCAGGCUUUCAAUGAGGCUAAAAAGAAGCAUCAGGAAACCAGGGAGAAUAUAAGGAUGAAUAAAGCUUCAUCUAGAAGUUGAUGUGGAUAAGUGCAAGAUAAUGCAUCUUGGACGUAAAAACCCAAGGGCAGAGUACAGAAUAUUUGAUAGAGUUCUAACCUCAACAUAUGAGGAAAGGGAUUUAGGGGUGAUUAUUUCUGAUGACUUAAAGGUAGGCAGACAAUGUAAUAGAGCAGCAGGAAAUGCUAGCAGAAUGCUUGGUUGUAUAGGGAGAGGUAUUAGCAGUAGAAAGAGGGAAGUGCUCAUGCCAUUGUACAGAACACUGGUGAGACCUCACUUGGAGUAUUGUACACAGUACUGGAGACCGUAUCUUCAGAAGGAUAUUGAUACCUUAGAGAGGGUUCAGAGAAGGGCUACUAAACUGGUUCAUGGAUUGCGGGAUAAAACUUACCAGGAAAGGUUAAGGAUCUUAACAUGUAUAGCUUGGAGGAAAGACGAGACAGGGGGGAUAUGAUAGAAACAUUUAAAUAUAUAAAGGGAAUCAACACAGUAAAGGAGGAGACUAUAUAUUUAAAAGAAGAAAAACUACCACAACAAGAGGACAUAGUCUUAAAUUAGAGGGACAAAGGUUUAAAAAAUAAUAUCAGGAAGUAUUACUUUACUGAGAGGGUAGUGGAUGCAUGGAAUAGCCUUCCAGCUGAAGUGGUAGAGGUUAACACAGUAAAGGAGUUUAAGCAUGCAUGGGAUAGGCAUAAGGCUAUCCUAACUAUAAGAUAAGGCUAGGGACUAAUGAAAGUUUUUAGAAAAUUGGGCAGACUAGAUGGGCCGAAUGGUUCUUAUCUGCCGUCACAUUCUAUGUUUCUAUGUUUCUAUGUAGAAUGAUAUUCCCCAUGAAAUUCCACACAGCCAACUCAGUCUUUAAGACAUCAAUUGAUAGGAAUUGCAAUAUCUUGAAGAAGGAUGUCACUUUACGUCAAGGUGUGCAACAGAAAUCUAUGAUUUGUUACAAAUGGAAUAAAAACCUCAGAGACUUAUUGGUCCACAAUGACCCACAAUGACUAAGUGGGAACUUUAAAGCUUCAAAACUAGGACAACAAUGACAAAAAAAAUAAAAAAAAACAACAAAUGGGUUAACAUCAUAUCACUACACUUCUCUCUUUAACAGAAGCUGCCCCAAGCCAUGGAAAUUGCACAGAAACAUAAUCAACACAUUGCUAUGGGCAAGCCUUUGACCUAAACUCUGCCUAAGCUUCUGGUCACCCAUCUGUCUCUAUUUGCAAUAUGAAAAAUAAAUGUGUCACUGCAUAUAAUAUUUUACUGUUAUGUAUAACAAUAAAACAAAAAUGAUAGCCUAUUGUUUGGUGUCAAAUUCUAGUUUUUAGUAAUAUUUCAAGUUUAAAUAUUGUUAUUUCCAAUCUUUAUAUAGUGAUGUAUUGCAUUUUAUUAUUUGUAUUAUUAGAACUUAAAUCCAAUUUCAGUAUUUUGUUAUAAGGAAGUAGAUUUUGGCUGGCUAAUAGUUGACGUUCAGGCAUUAUAUCUUCUUGAAUAACCCUCAAGAAGCAACUAAAAGAGCAUGGAGUAGAAUAUACUUGGUGGGGGCCAUUGGGGCAUCUCUUUAGUGACAAACUAAAGCAGAGUAUCUUAGUUGUGUCCCCAAUAUCUGGUGUUGGUAAAUCUGAUGAUAAUUCUGUUUCACAUUUUUUUAUUAUUAUUAUGCAAAUCGUCAUACAGCAAUGUAUAUUAUUAUCAUACAAAUCACCAUACAUUCAAGGUAUGCAGGGGUGCAUAUAAUUGUAUUAUUGUACAAAACUUCAUACAGCACCCACCAUCCAGGUAUCCAGCCCCCCCCCUCCCCAGCCAUGUAAGUUUAUUAUUAUUAUUAUAUAAAUCAUCAUACAGCACCCACCAUCCAGGUAUACAGCCUGGGGGCACUGUAUGAUGAUUUGUAUAACAAUAAUACAUUUAUAUGGCUGGGUUUCUGUAUACCUGGAUUGGGGGGAGGGGGGGGAGGAGGCUGGGGGAGAUGCUGUGUAAUGAUUUAUAAAAUAAUAAUACAAAUAUAUGGCUGGGGGGGUGGAUACCUAAUUAUAUGGCCGGGUUGAGCCUUUAUUGAUAUAAUUUAAUAAUAAGCAAUAUAAUUUUAUUAUUUAUUAUUAUUAUUAUUAAAUAAAUCAUCACAUUCAGGUAUACAGCCUGGGGGCACUGUAUGAUGAUUUGUAUAACAAUAAUACAUUUAUAUGGCUGGGUUUCUGUAUACCUGGAUUGGGGGGAGGCUGGGGGAGAUGCUGUGUAAUGAUUUAUAAAAUAAUAAUACAAAUAUAUGGCUGGGGGUGGUGGACACUGUAUGAUGAUUUGUCUAACAAUAUUACAUUUAUAUGGCUGGUGCCCCUGUAUACCUGGAUGUGGGCACUGUAUAUGUGGCUGCACAUUUUUAGGCUGAGCUGUGGCUUGUGGGGACAGCUGAAGUGAGAGAGACCUCCACAAGUACCCGCCUUUCAAAGGUAAACUUUGCCACAGCUUGUGACUGGCAUGCACCGGCUGCACUGAUUAGGAGGAGACUGUGCUCCAUCGUGGUGUGACCCAAACAUGGCUCUGUCUUCAUGUGAGAUGUCACGGUUAUGUUACAGGUGCAGGGCAGGGAAGAAGCAAGUCCAACACUAUGCGUUGAUGCCGAUCGUUGUAUAGUGUAAUAAAAAACAAAUUUGCUCAAUAAAUUUGAGAUUGUUGCGGGCUUAUGCAGCUGCCCCUUUUACCCUACUGCUGCGUUAAAGAAGGCCAUUUUUUUUAACACUGUUGUUUAAGGGGGCCUACUUUAUCAAUCGCCCACAGGGCCCACUUGCCAUUGGGCAAGCUGACACCCAGGCCAGUCCGCCUCUGGCUGCCAGUGACACACGUAGCUAACCCACUGCCAUUGUUAUCAUCACCACUACUACAACCACCACAAUCAAUAUCACUAGUACCAGCACCAUUAACAUUCCUUUAGCCUUAAUCAACCAAGUACUAGUGUACAUACUAAUGUAGUGACCACUGACACCAAUGGAAAUUCACCUGCAUCUUCAGCAUACACAAGGCAAAAAGUUAUAGGCCAGUGUAUUGUGGUCAUCUCACUAGUCAACUGCUGCUGUAUCUGAAAAUAUAUAUAUAAAAAAAAAUUAAAUAAGAGAAACCCAUGUAAUAACUUAACUUUUAUUAAGGUCUAGUAAAAGAUUAGUCCCUGUAUGUACGGGACUCGGCAGUGUGAUAAUCACUAUAAAAUAUAUGUGUCCUAAAAACAAGUCCAAAAAUACUACUUGGUCCAAAUAAAGUAUACAUAGAGAAAAGGGAAAAUAUGUGUAAUAGUCUCACCUACUGAUUAGCUGAAUCAAGAGGCUGUAAUGCUCCAAGUAAAAAUAAAGCAAAAGGAAACAUAAAAACCCAGAGAGUAGUGUGACUUUCGAUUGUGCUAAAGAAAGUGAAAGACUGUCUCCCAAGGAAUAAGGGAGAUAUACGCUAAACAUCAUAUAGCAUGUACAAUAAUAGCCCACAAACAACUAUCCAGUAAGGAAGGGGUAAAUAUCAAAACAAGCAUGGUAGAAUACAAAACUCAGAGAUGAAAGCUAAAAGCUACAAGCUAUAAGUACUGUGCCUUCAAGGGCACCCCUUAAAAGCCAACCACCCAUCUCCCCUAACAAGUCUGUGUCAGUCCACUUUCAUUUAGUUUAGAAUUUCCACUGAUUUGUGAUUUUUUUUCAAUUCUUUUUUUAAUUCUUAGUAAGAGAUUUUGCUUUGCUGUGUGCAUUUAUGCUACUGCUUGUAUUUGGAAGCGUCAAGCUUCUUCCAUCAGUUGUUCACACAGUGUGUGGCUGCAGUUGCCUGCCCAAGUAAACUCUGCCUUUGUGUGUGGCAGUUCAUCUUUUAACUUUUUGUAGAAAAAAAAGUAUUUUGAAAUAUUAUCUGAAGUCAAGGCCUGAGAGACUGUUCAAGUUCACAAUAAAGACCCUCUAAUCUGCUGACUCCACAGGUCCUCUGCAAGCCAUAAAAUCAGUCUUUCUGUAGUUGAUGUGUUGUGGCAGAACAGUGCCUGGUGCAUCCAUACAAAGGUCCGAGAAGAUUCUGUAAUAUUUACUAUUAGGGUGCAUUAUUAAAUAUGUAACUUUGUGCUUACACACAUAUAUACUUACCUUAUCCCCAACAAUCAGGGUGCAGACAGCAAGAGACACACAAAGUCCAACAGAACAUCAAGAAUCAUAUAGUUUAGUACAAAUGUUUAAUUAUACUCAUGCACAUAAAAAAACUGAAAAAUAUAAAUGUAAAAACAGCAUUAAAACACAUUAAAGUUAUCACACAUAAUGAGCUAUAAUAAUCUAUGUAGUAAUAUAUAAAUCAGUGAUGACAGCAUUUCUCUUCUACUAUUUUUAAUGUAUUGCAUCCAUUCUAUGAGAAAGGAGGUAUAAUUGGGCAUGCCAAUUAGUGAGAUGAAGUUUAACCUUUAAAGUGGCUUGUUUAAAAUAGCACAUCACAAUGAACAAAACAUAACUGAUCAUUUAAUGGCCAAUCAGAUAACAAAUUGGAUAUUUGCAUGGCAAACUGUCCACAAAUUUAUAUUCUGAAAACUGAAGAUAAUGAAGUACAAACAUGAUAAAAAAAAAUCCAUUCUUAAUUGUCAAUGCACUUAUUCUGUUUCACAUCCUGAAUAAUUAGGGAAAAGCUUCAACACAGCUACUUUUUUUUAUAUUAAAUGUAUAUGUGGCGAAAAUAACCUCGCCACUGGGUUUUGGAGGGGCCUGUUUGCCAGCCUCCUACCCUGGGACUAUGGGCCCUGUGAUAACCCAUGUUCAAAAGUACUGUUUCUGCCCCUUGGACUUUUAACUAGAACAGAUUUAAACAUGUGGCAGCGGCCAUCCUAAAUUGUCCAGCAGUGUUUUGCCGUCAAGCGUAUGGAACUGUUUUGGGCAUGUGACCAUGUGCAUGGUGGGGCAAACAUAAGACUUCCAGGAAAUUCCUGAACCCCUGAACCAAUCUGGGUGAUUUUUUGACAUGUUGUUCACUCAGAUCAGGGCUAUCAGGGGAUGUGGCUUUUGUGGGAAUAUGUUGUACUAUGGGGUACUUUUUGGGGUUUGUAAAAAUGUAUGUUUUUUUUUCUGCUAAAGUUAAUUGAGUCAGUCCAUUGUCUUUGUUAAUUGUAUCACAGGCAGAGGGGAGGGUUUGUGUACAUUAUCUGGGAAAGUCUAACUGUACAAUACUGUUUUGAUUGGUUUUGUGACUUUGUGUUCUGUGCUCCACAAGGUCCACCUAGGUGGUAACCUUGCAAGGAAAACUGUAUAAAAGACAAUAAACCCUCAGAUCUGCCAAGUUCCUGUUUUACUCUCAACAUAGAGCCUCGUCUCGUGUGAGGGAAAAGGCUGCAUCUACACUGGGGAUUGCUAUACUCUGUAUACUCCCUGGCUAUAAUCACUAAGCUCUUUUAAGAGCUUGUUACUGCUACUCUCUCUUGGAGGAGAGGUUCACCCACUGGAACCUGGAGACUUGUCAUAGGUCCAGGGUGGGUAGAAGACGGCGAGACCCCAACCAAGCUGCGGCGGUUCUUGGGAUCUGCAGUGCUUAUGGUAUCUGGUGCGGUGCUGAUGGUCCUUGGUAAGCACUAGGGGCAUCGAUUGAUGGAGGGUCUGUCACAAUAUAUAUCAAUUAUAUUUAUAUUUCAAGCUAAACAGAAAAAGAGAAACACCUGGAUCAUGCAUUUCUAAGUAGUGACGCAGUGGUUAAGACCAAUAUAUAUAUAUAUAUAUAUGACUAAAGAACAGCAUACACACUCACAAAAUUCAGAUUUAAACUUUACAGGGCAACUUGUAUUUACCUAUCGCAGCAAACAGAUAUGUAGAUUCAGUUAUACUAUAUAAUUAUAUUGUGUUGAGCUCACCACUACAGUACUCCAAUAUUGAUUACACUUUGUAAAACAAGAAUGUAUCAAAGUAUCACUAAAGUCAACCAGACCAUUUAAUCUCAGUGAAGUGGCAUUGGUGCAGUGGCCCAGUAAUUUUAAGACAUUUGUAGAAAGUGCAAUGUUUACAUUGCAGGCUUAAAUACUCUUUUAUUGGCUUCCAGACAGCCACUUGUGGCCCUUCCUCCUCCAUAGUCGAGCUAAGCUCAGACCUGCAACCAAAUGCCGCUUAUAACAACAACAUUUGAUUGGAGGAAGGCAGGGUUUGGCCAUGCAUAUCUCCAUUGCUUUCUAGGAGAAGCAUUAGAAUGGUUGAGAUCACAGAAGACUUCAGUAGGUUCUCGUCAAAUAUUAUAUAUUACAAUUUACCUUGCUUAUCAAGGCAGAUUAUGCAAUUGGAUUGCUCCUCUCCUUACAGCCCUCAGGAUGUGGCAUAUAAUAGUUAUGUGUGUUAUAUUGUUUUUUUUCUAUCCUUCUGGCCUUAGGAUCAGGUAGCCUAAUAAAGGCUUUAUUGCCUCAUUUUUUUGGAUUAUAUACUAUUUGCAUUAUAUUCUGCAUCCUACAGUAGGUGUUCAGCCUCUCUCCUUGUGAAGAGCCUAUUGACUGAUAAAUAUUUUCACUACAGUUUCAUUCUCAAUCUUUUCACAUACUGAUGUUAGUGGAAUUUUAUUGGCUUCUAAACAUGAUUACGUGACUCAAUAUAGAGUUUUCUUACCAAUGAUAUUCAUUCCCUAUUGCUUGUACAGCGUCUCAAUUUUAUUAAUGACAUUUUUUGAAUGAAAGCUUUUCAGAUGCCAGUAUAUGAGCAAUAUGUGCUGCCGUACUAGUUACAGUUCCUAAAAGUACAAUGAAGUUUUACUACAUGUGAAAUCAAUAUUAGUGUGGGCAGAAGCACAGGUUUAUCCAAAAGAAAUAAAACAAUGUAGCUUUAAAAGGCAUCUAUCACCUAUUUCUAAGAAAAAUAAGAAAUAAAUCAAUGUAGUGCUCAGGAAGUGAUACUAACGGUGGAGAAGGUAAAAUGUUUUUUGAUGGAAUACCUUCUGCCUGUUGCUGGUCCCUCUGCUGCUCUUUCAUCUUAAGAUUUGGAAUAGACAGAAUGUAACUCAAUUAAUGACAGAUGUAAAGAGCAAGAAAAAAAGUUAAGAAUCAAAAAGGAAGUUUACAGGAAUUUUAAACCUCAAAUGGAGUUAAUUCAACAACUGUCUCCUGUGGUUCUGUUUCACAUGCAUCUCUGUUCAGUAUUUGGAGAGUCUUGACAUUCAAACAGAACUUAAGGCUUGGUUUGGACAGAAUAUUGUUAAUUCUGCCCUUCUUGCUCAAUACAUAUUUGUACCACUUUGAAACUCUUUGCAAUUUAUGUAUUGUAAUGUUCUUUUAUGAAUUUCAACAUACAGUUUCCCUUCCUUUGCCCAACAUCAAUGAUCGGGGUUUUGAAAUUUGGUGACAGACAGCAUAACUUGAGGUUCUUCUAAAAAUGUAGUCUUUAUUUUCUAUCAUAUUGGUUGUAAAUAAUGUGCUUAUCUGAUUUUUUUUAUGCUGCCAUGGAUAAUUGACUGUAAAACGAAAUGAUGGCAGUUAAUAAACUUAUGUUUGGUUUUAAAUUAAUUGUAAAUUGUCCAAAUUUUGACUAAUCUGAAUCCCAUACCUCUGAAUUGUCAUAUGACCAAACCACAAAACAAACUAAAUGAGGAAUAAACAAGCUAUUUUUUGUUUCAUGUUUUGGAGUUCCAUCGGUGGUGCCAAAAGACAAAAGAUGAUUGAUGGAAACAGAGAUGAUUGGGCAGUCACUAAAUGAUGAUUUUCUUCACAUAUCACGUGAGAACUAUCUAAAGCAGGCCACUAACUCCACAAUCAUUUCUGCUGCCAUUACUAUUGACACUGCAACUGCUUUUACCACAAGCAAGCAGAAGCAUAACAGCGUCUGUAUUUUACAUGAUGUAGUGAAGGCUACAAUUCACAAAAUUCACAAAAUCAACACAAAGGUGCAAACAAUACUUGAGCAUUCCUUGAGGAUAUUAAAAAGGUGUGUAGUGGUUCUGGUGUCUAGAGCACUUCCCUGAAGCAUCAGCAGUGUAAGGAAGGGGGAGGAGGGUGGAGCAGGAGGGCAGGGAACCUAAAGAUAUUCCAACACUAUAGUGUUAAUAAUACAUGUUUAUAAUCCUAACACUAUAGUGUUCCUUUACGCAUUCAUUUAAGCAUUCCUUUAAGCAUUUCCAAAACUUAGUUUAGAUUAAGGUCACUCUAAAAUGAAUAUUAAUAUUACAUUGUAUAAUAUGUGGCUUCCAUCCAAUUCUCUGUACUUGACUCAAACUUAUUCAUAAGAGGUCAAACUAAAACAUCACUUCACUUUUAUGCCAGAGAGCUGCUUGAUCAACCUGUCAUCUUCUAGGAGCUGAAAAGAUAGGAUCAUUAGAACAUUGCAAUAUUUUGCUUCCAAAAUCUGAAACCAGGUUAAAUUUUACAUCAAUGUCACAUGGUAUCAUUGAUGAUACAUUAACAUUAUGAUUUGAAUUUACUUUUUCUUGAUGGCUUGUUACAAAUUCAGCUGAGCUCAGUUGUAAUGGAAAUGACCACUAGUGAUCAAGAUCACAGGGAUAUAUACGUGGUGACAGAUAUUUGCCAUGUGUAAUACAUACUAUGUAUAUGGUACUAUAUUCUAAUCAGAGUUUCACCUCUAGCUGCUGUGUAGGGAACCUAAGCCAAUACUUUAAGGUAUAGAUCUCACAAUAACAGGUGAGGUGAGUAGAACAUAUUUCAUAAUUAAAAUGUGAGUUGUGGCUAGAUUUACAACUGAGCAGCAAGGAUAAUGUCAAAAUAUCAUAACAUUUUAUACAUCUUGUAGCAAAAAUCAAGCUUUGAACAAAAAUAAUAUAAGAGAUUUCUGCUCAGAAAAAUGUAAUUAUAACUUGUAGUUAUUUCUAUGCUGUGCUUUUUACUAGGAAAAAAUAUGACCAUGAUUUCUACUUUCAAUUUGUAGAGUAUGUAAUGAGAAAAAGUUGACUUUCGCUUACAACAGUCAAGUAUGCUUAAACUGACUUUUUUUUUUACAUUACAAAUUUGAGCAAAGGUAGUCUACGUCUCCCACACAAUCUUCUACCUCUAGAAGAAUGUAAGGAAAGAGGACAUACAGCUGAGCAGAGGCCUGAAAUGUGAAAAAUAUCAGCACCAAUAAACAUGUUGGACACAGAUGUUGUCACAGGCAUUAUUAUUCAGCUACAUUUUCAACAAAUGAGAAGGAAGAGAGAACAGAUAUAUAUGAUCAGGGUGCAGGUCUUCGGCAUACAGUUAUACAGCAAAACCAGGUAGCAUUCCCAGGAAAACCUAACCAAUUGUGCCAUAACUCAUGAUUUUUAGAUUGAUGGUAAUUAAAACUAGUUUUAGCACAGCAGAGAAAACAUUAUGCUUCCUUAAAAUUAUCAAGGCAUCAGCAAUUACCCUCCCCUCCCCAAUAUUGCAAACAUCAAUGAUAUAUAAAUCUUUUUGGACACAAAGAAACUUGUAUUAGUUGGCAUGAGGUGUAUCUUGUGCAACUUUACUUGGUUACUAAUAAAAAAAAAGAAAAAGAGACAGAUAUAAAUGUAGUCUGCAUCCGAUCUCACCGUACAUUCUGCAGCUACUUCCUAACCAUCCUUCUCUGUGCAGUCUCAUAGAGUUACAGAGCAAACUGCUAUCCUGUGCAGACCCACCUUGACCCAGAUCAAGCUUCCUUCCUGUGAAUUAUAUCCCUCUGCAAUCUAAACUGAUUCCAGAGGCCCUGCUUCCUCCCUUGCAUUGAGCUAUCUGUUUUGCAUUUGCAUUAUUCAUUUGUGUUCUUACAUUUAAUACAUUCACUUUCCUCUUUACAUUGUGUGCAUUCUGGCUUCUUUGCAUAUUGGGUUCCUAUUUUUGGUGGUUGCUUCUGUACCCCUUCCUGACCACACUCUGCGACAGUAAUUAUGUUUUUUAUAUACUGGGAUGCAGAUGUUUAGCCCAAUACAUAAAAAUAAAUAAAUUACCUGAUUCAGAGUUUCCCAAUUUGUGUUCCACCAUUAUUUCAGCUGCUGAUAAUUGAGGCACGAAUAUGAUGUCACUCCGUCCCCAGCAUCACUAAGAGUUUUUGAGGAAGCUGAGCAGGAAGAUCAUUGCUCCCUCACCGUCUGCACUACACACCCACACACCAGCCGUUUAGCCCAGCAGCCCCAGGGACCGCACUCCAGGGACCCAGCAGCUCCACUGGACACCAGAGACCGCACACCAGCUGCUCAGCCCAGAAGCCCCACUGGACCUCAUGAACUGCACGGCAGCUGCUUAGUACAGCAACCUCACUGGACCCCAGGGACCGCCCGCCAGUCUCACCAUGACUUUCAGAUGGCCAGACGAGGUCACCCCAGAAGUGCGCAACAGGGGAUUUGAACCCAGGUAUGUUUGUGGUUUCUGAGUAUAAAGAUCGUGUGUUCUCCAGUUUGUUCCUGGCUCCUGGCCUUGACUCUUCACAUUAUUUUCUCUGACCUCUGGCUUCCCCAGCCGCUCAGCCCAGCAGCCCCACUGGAACCCAGGGACCACACGCCAGCUGCUCAGCCCUGCAGCCCCACGGGAUCUCAGGGACUGCACGCCAGUCGCGCAGCCCCACUGGACCCCAGGGACUGCAUGCCAGCCAUUCAGCCCAGCAACCCCACUCGACCCCAGAGAAAUAUACUCCAUGCCAGCACUCCCAAAGGUAGGGAGGCUGGGUGGAGUGAAAAAAAAAAUUGUGUGUGUCUGUUAAGGAAUUUGUAUAUGAAUUUGUCAGUUAGUGUGUGUAAGUGUGAAUGUCAGUGAGUGUGUAUAUCUGUUUGUAUGUGUGACUGUCAAAGAGUGUGUGUGUGUGUGUGUGUGUGUGUCUAUGUAUAUAUAUAUAUAUAUAUAUAUAUAUAGGUAUUUAUAUAUAUAUAUAUAUAUAUAUAUAUGUGUGUCAAGGUUUAUGUUUGUAUAUGAAUGUGUGUGCAUGUGUCAAUUAUUUUAUGUGUGUUAAUUUGUUUGUGUAUGUGGCAUACAUAGAGCAAUCAUAUAUGCAUACAUCCCAGCAAUCAAACACCAUCCCAGCAAUCAAACACGUAUAUGAGCAUACAUCCCAGCAAUCAAACACCAACACAACAUGCAAAGACAAACAUUACAUACAAAAAACCCUGGAUUCAAAUUUAUAUACAAACACUCAAACAUACCCUUUACUCAAACACUAAUACUGCACACAAAUGUACAUCCGCAUUUAAAACUAACACUACAUCCAAGCACACCCCUGCAUGCAAAUGCAAACAUUACAUACAAGCAGAGCCCUGUAUCAAAAUGCUAACAUUAUAUACAAACACCAACUGUAAACACAAAAGCACACCUGCUUCUAAGUACUACCCCUGACCUAAUUACUAGACUUGGAGAUUCAUUUAGUUAUGAACUACAAUGCAUCCAAAUUGGGGCCAAUCAUGAAAAUAUUUCUAGCAAAAAAUAUACAUUUUAUUUAUGUGUUUGAUUUGCCCAAUUACUCAUCGCUUUGGUUCAUUUAUUUCCUUUUCUAGAAUAUUUUCUUUUGUUAACAAAGUUCGAACAAGCUGAAACAUUGUAUGGCCAAAAUUCAGCCAUUUAAAUUUUUAUUUUUUAUUUGUAAACGUAGUGAUUCAGGCAAAAGUCUAAUGAUAACUGAAAUAUUUAAUAAAUAUUUUUAUUAUAAAUCUUUUGCUCGAGACAUUGCUUUCUAUGUUUCUAGAGUGGAACCUAGGUGCCUUACAUGGAUAAUGUUUUGAACACAAUUCUUUGAACAGAAAAAAAAAAAUCUUUCUUUUUAUCUUUUAUACUAUUGACAUUUGGAAGACUUGGGGCUAACUGAUUCUUCAGAUUUUUUUUCCCUUUUUAGAAAAAUAACUACAGGUUCUUAUGCAAUUUCCUUUCUUAAAUAUUCACCUCUAACAAAAAAGACCAAGGUGUUUUGUUUUUUUUUAAACAUUGCUGACCGGGCCUGCAAAUCAGACUUGGUACUGGAUUCCAACUGGAAUUGAUUCAUGUUUUUUUUAUGUUAAUACCUCUGCCCUUAUAGACAAAAAAACAUUUUUUCCCCAAAAACAUUAACAAAAGUUACAUUGUAACACUGAUAUUUGUCAGGAAUCCCUGAAUAACCCUCACAUGUAUAUAUUUUUGAAAGGAAGACAACCUAAGGUAUUAAAUUUGGGGUAUGUUGACUCUUUUCAUGCAACCAUUUUACCACCAAUCUAUGCCAAAUUAAAAAAAAAAAAAAAUAAUUGGUGAUUUGUUUGACACACAUAGCAAUUUAAGAAUACAUGUACGGAGAACUGUAUGGGUUACUGCCAAAGAACAUCACAAUAUGUGUUCAGCAACAUAUCGAGUACCGUGAUACCCCCAUUUAUAGGUGUAUUGGGUUCUCUGGGGGCAAAAAUACCUUAUUUGGAGGGUGCGCAAUACAGUUUUCCAACUUGGAAUUUUCACAGCUGGUCAUCAUGCACCCAUGUCCUAUUUGGGACAUUUUUGAAACCGGCCAAUGUAAUUUACCCCAAUCAAACCAUAUAUUUUUUUUUAAAGUAGACACCCUAGCGUAUUUCAUAUGGUGGUAUUUUAACACUUUGAAUGCACUAAUUCUACCACCAGACUUUUGGGUAGUCAUUUUUUGUUUUGUUUUUCAUCAACAUUGUACUUUAGGCAUGGAUUCUCAGUUUCUGUUAUGUGUUACUGACAAAGAACACCCCAAUAUGUGUUCAGCAACAUCUACCAUGUUCAGGUUUUAUGGGUUUUUGCAACCACCUUCAGGGGUCAAAUGAAGGCUUUCCCCUUUUCCAUGUUGGCACAUUGAAAUUUGCCAGAUUGGUUAGCUGGGCCUAUGUUGUCUUUGAGACCAUAUAGCAGCCCAGGAAUGAAAAGUAACCCCAUCAUGGCAUACCAUUUGUAAAGUAGACAACCCCAGGGUAUUCAAAAUGGGGUAUGUUUAGUCUUUUGUAGUAGCCACUUGGCCACAAACGCUUGCCAAAGUUAGAGUUCAAAUUUUUUUACACAAAAACUGCACUUUUACUGGUGAUUUCAUCAUUGUGGUAUGUUUUACUGUUUUAAACACUCAUAUUUGUGUUCAGCGAAGUCUCCUGAGUAUAACAAUGCCCCCUAUGUACAGGUUUUAUGGUGUUUUGGAAAGUUAUAGGAUCAAUAUAGGGGAAUAUAGGUCUUCCAGAGGAAGGCUUCAUAGCUGAAACGUCGGUGGUUUUAUUUCUCCUGCUCUUGGUCAGUAUACCUUUUUAAUGGGUGAUUGCAUCUUGUAAUUUAUUACUGUGGUUUUUGGUACUAUUAAUGGGCUAUGCACUUUCCUUCUGUUAAGAUAUUCUGGUGUACUUUGUAUGUAUGAAUUAUCUCUUUUUUUAUGUGCAAAUUGGUGUGCCUUGGGAUCAUUGUUAUUUCUAUUUUGCACUAUUCAGUUUACCAGAUUGGUUUGUCUUUUGUGACUAUAUGGUAGCCCAGGAAUGUGAAAAUAACCCCAUCAUAGUAUACCAUUUUCAAAUGUAGACAACCCAGGGUAUUCAAAAUGGGUUAUUUCCAGUCUUAGUCACAAACACUGGUCAAAGUUAUCAUUUUUAGUGUGUGUGUGUGUGGUGUUCAAGUAGAGAGUGUAGCAGUAUUAAGUCCAGUCAUGUAGAUGUAAAAAACUUUAAAAAAUAAUCUUUUUUUAUAUAUAUAUAUAUAUAAAAUGUGUAUCUUGUAAUACCUUUUUUAUUGGACUAACAGAUUUUUUUAAUGACAAGCUUCCGGGAGAACCUCCCUUUCUCAAGUCUGAAGCAUUUCUGAGCACAUAGAAAUGACACAUAGAGUUCAAAGUUGAGUUGUGAUACAGGGGUUAAAGCAACUUUUCUAAUUUAUAUUUAAAAUCCUAUUAACUGGGAUGGGAAGAUAACCUGUGAUUGCAAGGAAACCAAAUAUAGCUAACAUCUUUGUAAAAAAAAAAUAAGCACUAUUUUGUAAAAAUGUAUAAGCCUAUAUUGUGUGUAAAACAUAUUUACUAUUUGUUAUAGUUAUUAUAUCUUAUUGGAAUUUAUGAGAAUAUUAUAUUAUGUCUCAUUUUUUUUUCCUUAUAGAGUGUUCAAUUACAACUUUAGAAAAAUUAAAAAAUCCAUUGAGUAAGACAGAACUUAAAAUUCUAAAUUUAAAAAAAAAAGACAAAACGUACUUUUUACGUGUCUUUUCUCUUUACUUUUUGUCAAUAUCUUCAAGUGCAAUAUUGACUGGCAUACUUUGCUUUAACCUUUUUGCUCUAAAUGCAACUACUUGCUCUAAAUGACUAUAGCACAAUGUGUGACUGUGUAAUGCACCACCUCAAGGCAAAGUAAUUUUCACAAAGAACGGAGUUUGUUAAAAGAAAAUUACUGAUAGAAAGUGUACUCUUUAGAGGCUAACAAUCUGUCACAAAAGUCUUUGUAAUUCAUCACAAACCAGGGAAAAUGGAUCACAACUAUUUACUAAUUGUGCUUCUUGACAAUCAGCUUCUCUGGGGAAGAUUUUUGGAUUUUGAAUCAAUUAAAUUAUCUUUUACAAUAUAAUGUCUAUUUUAUUAUCAACAGGUAUCUUAGUGUUUUAUAAACACUUCUAAACCAUCUACUACAUUUUAGUUUUUUUUAGUAGUGCAGCAUAUGCAGUAGAAGAUAUAUUUAUAUAUUUUUAAAUAAUUAAUAAAAUUUACAUACAAAUGCACACAACCAUACCCACAUGCACACACACACACCUUCAUGUACAUACAUCCAGAUAUAUUCUAAGACUUCAGCCCAUUGGUCUAAAUGCAUCCUGACUAUGAAUGCCAGAGCUAUCUUUCUAUUUGCAAUUUAAUGUUGGCCUUGCUAAGCUUUUGGCAGCAUCAUUUUUGUCUAAAUUCCAAAGAAAUUGCUUGUAGAGUAAAUACAAUCUUCACUGCUCCUUUAAAAAAAAAGUUUAAUAUUUUUUUUAAAUAAAGCUUGCACAAUUAAAAAAUAUAUUCAUUACAAUUAACGUAAUACUAAUAUAUAGAACAUUGUGCUGUCAAUGAUAUUUAAUAACAAUGUUACAAACCAUCAAGGAGUUCUAUAACAAUAAUACACAAGGCUGCAGACCGAGUGUCUUAAUAAUGUCAUUGAUCAUCAACGUUUUUGUAAUAUGCUAAAUGAUGUAGAAUUAAAGGUAUUGCAUUCCUUACAAUGCAUAGUUAGUGAAAAUGUCAUUUACACUAGGGGCACCAAGACACUGCUAUGUAUUUUUCUCUAUUACUCAAGCUUUACAUUGCCCUGUUGUCUUAUUUAUGUUUAAAUGUAAUAAUCAAAUAUAUUUAAAAGAGGGGGGUCUAUAGUGCCAAAAGCUAAACAUUUGUGGAUAAUGAAAAACAAAAAUGUCUGCAUAAUGCCAAGUCUGUAAAACAUAUCUACUAGGAACUACUACAUUAAAUAGUAAAAAGGUACUGUGGCAGAUUAUCAUUGUACACUUAUUGUAGCACCCUCAUAACGUAAUUUACACUUUUUACCUAACACUUUGAUGCUGUGCUAUUUUCUAGAUUCUCCUCUAAAAGUGAUAUUCGAGUUAGUGAAUCAUCUAGGUGUGUGGCAAAAUGGAACUAGGGCUGUCUGCCUGGUUGAACCAUGCUUCUAUAUUUAGAGAUGCUGGAAAAACAGAUUAAAAAAAAAAAAAGAUAUUAACACACAGGCAAGGUAACAUUUAAGGCAUCAGUAAUCAACAGAAAAAAAAAAUACAGAAAUAAGUAUCAACAAUACUUUCAGAAACAAUGGUAAUGGAACAGUCAAAAAGUCCAUGGCUUAUGAUUUUUCUUUGACCUUUUUAUCUAUUAUCUACAUUCUAUUAUCCUUGGCUUGUCCUGUAUUACUCUGUUUGCAUGUAUCAGUGUGUGCAGGUUGAGUAUUGUGUGUAUAAAUAUUGUCUGUGUGUAUUGGAAAACUGAGUGGCAUGUGGCUGCGCAUGGUUUUCCCCUCUUCUGCUUACCUUCCCUGGUGGAAGGUGAACAGGAUCCCUGGUGCUCUAGAGAAAUUUGAGCAAAAUCAUGGUCUGGUGGUCUGGUGGGAAAACUGGGGACCAUGAAGGUUCUCUUAAAGUGGUCUUUACCUGAUAUUGGUACAGAACUCGAAAUGCACUUGGUGAAGUUAGGAGACACAGAAGCCCUUUAGAUCUUGCUCAUUUAAUGGGUAAUUUGACUAUUUUAGAAUAAUUACCUGUUUUAUGUCACUGAAUUCUAGUCCGAAUUCUUUUCUUUGAAUUCUAGUCCAAAAGAAAAGAAGAAAGAAAGCUAUAACAAUAUUUAACAUUUUUAAAACUACCUCAGCCUCGCAAACUAGAAGUCUUAAAUGUCACAUUUUCUACCAGAUUAUGCAAGAAACCAGUGAAAUUCAAUGCAUGAAACCAUCACUUUAAGAAGAAACCAAAGAAGGUCAAAAUGUAAUUAAAUUAAAUUGAUAGCCUGUGUGAUAAAAAUCCAUCCAAUAUGACACCAGCUAUCUAACCAAUUAAGGAUCUAGGUUAACAUAACACAUUAAUAGUUAUAAUCAUUAAUAAAUAAAUAUAUGUACAAAAUUAUUUUUUAAAACAAUUUGAAUACAUUUGAAAAAAAAAAUAUGCUUACUGCAUCAAAAUUAUAACUCUACAAGAUCAGACACAGGUUGGGGGGAGGAGGGGGGGUAGGAAUGCCUUACCUACUGACAAUGCUGAAGUAAAUACACUAUUUCCUGAUUAAUCUGUGACUCCAACCAUGUGUCUAUCAGAGACUUGCUGACUUUUAGAUGAUGCUGAUUUUGGUGGAUCCCCUCUUUUCUGCUUGCCUUCAAAUCAUUCUUUUUUACUUGGUGUCACAACACAUUAAGAUCCUCAGCAAGAUACAAGGCAGCAAUCCUAACAAAGGCAAAAUAAGAAGAGAUAGGCAUAUUAUGGAACCUUAAAGUGGUUGGACUUAACACAAAGCAGGAUAAUUAAACUAAUGCUAUGGAUUUACUCUGAUCAGAAGGAGAAAAAUGAAAAUAUAAACAGCCAUGAUAAAAAUAAUGAAUAAGAAAAGUUACAGGGUUACUGAAAAUCAAUGUCAGGAAACAGCCAGGUCUGGUACACAUACAGGAACAGGUUUAUGUCAAAGUCUAACAUAGUGGUGAUCUGAUACACUAUAAAAUAAUAGCACUUUUAUGGGCUCUGAGACUUGAACAGCUGCUAAACAUAUAUAUAUAUAUAUAUAUGUAUAUAUAUAUAUAUAUAUAUAUAUAUAUAUAUAUAUAGACAAUCCAAUGAGGGAGGCUGCUCUCCGGACUUAAAACUUCAGUUUAUUAUUAUUGAUUAAAAAUGAUGACCAAUGUUUCGGUCCCCGCUCGGGACCUUCUUCAGUGUCAAAUACAACAAGACAAUACAGUACAUCGCAUAUACAAACAAUAUAUACCAUUAAUAAUUAGUGGAACGACUCACCAGGGUGUUCGCCCCGUCCCGCCGAUACCAAGUGCACUUCCGGGUAUGCGCGCGCACUACAAAGCGUGCCACGCCUCCCGUCAUGUGAUCAUACGUGCCUGACAUGAUGGACAGUCGGGAAACCUGGUUUCCAAGACAACUGUGUAAACAAAUAUAAAUUGUGAACGUGUCUGAAUACGCCAAUCCCAAUGCAAAAGAUAACUUAAGAAAAAUAGGAUUAUAUUUGUUUACAUAGUUGUCUUGGAAACCGGGUUUGUCUAUCUAUUGGAGCCUUGGUCUUGUGCCCGGUAGUGGUAUACUUUAAAUGUGAGUGCUGGGGAUCUAUAGAUAUUUUUGUAUAUAUAUAUAUAUUUUUUUAUAUUUUUUUACCUCCCCACCCUUUGUGCACCCGUCUGCAGUGCUAUCCAUUUAUCAUUUUAAUUUAAAUGUGCACAUUUAGCUCCUGUAUUACUGACAAUAUUUCAUCAUUAAUUAAUUUUUUUGUACAAGUUUGGUUUUCAUUUGAUGACAUGGAUGAAUUUCUUGUGCAAGCUGGCACCUAUAUGGAACAUGCUGAAACAUUACAAUUUACCCCUGAAGAAGCAUCCCAAAUUUUAUGGGAACAAACGAGCCAGGAGUUACCUAAUCAUACGUCUAGAGAUGUUUAUUUCAAAUUGCUACGUCUGCAUAAGAAAGGUGUGAAUUUGGACCUACAUGGUUUGUUUUUGUCGGAUUAUUUCAAGGCUAAAGUGAUUCCACGUGGCUUUAGGCUAUUAAAUAUACCAACGAUUGGUAGCAAUGGUAAAGCAACGGUAUGUAGAGAUUGGACUCAUGUUUUGAAUAAUGCCUCAUUAAACCUUAUGCUUAUAACAAUCAAAGAUGUUAAAGCGGCACUGUCAUGCCGAACUUACCUUUCCUCAAUCUCUUCCUCUUCUCCCCCUCUCUCAGGAUCUGUUCUUCUUUUCUUCCUGUCUUCUUUAGUUUUCUUUAAAAUCAUAAGACAAAGUAGGGACUCUUUGCCUUAUGGAGGAUUCCUCCGCUUGACCAGCUCUGACCAGCGGAGGAUCAAAGUGUGCUUCAUUUCCGCUGGUCAGAGCAAUUUUCCCAUGAUCCUUACCUUCCCUCUGUGUUCCCACGAUGCUUCCUGUCAUUUUAGACGAAACUGCCGAAUUGCGUUCUAACUAAAUGAGAACAGUAUGUUCGUUUGUUUUAGAACGCAAUUCGGCACUUUAUUCGGAUCGGAAUUUCAUUCUAAUGAAUGAAACUCUGAUCCUAUUCAUUUCCACGGCUGCAUCUUGCAGCCGCUUGGUAGAUAACUCCCUAAUUCCCACGGUAUCAGGGAGCUAUCUACUAAAAGGCUGAAAGACCAAAAUUGGUCUUUCAGCCACAUUUACUAAUACUAAGUAAAGAUUACUUAGUAUUAGUAAAUAAUAUGCCCCUACUCGCUAUAUCGCGAGUAGGGGCAUGUGUAGUAAGCAGUGAGCAGCUUAUAGCUGCUCACUGUAAAAAAAACCAAAAAAAACUAAUAACCCCCCCCCGCCCGUGGGGGCCCUAAAUAAAGAUGGGGGGGACCUACUGUCCUCCCCCCCUGGCCCCCACCCCUGAGCGGUGGGUGGGGGCCCUAAUAAAACAAGAAGGGGGGGGACCUACUGUCCCCCCCUGGCCCCCACCCCUGCACGGUGGGUGGGGGCCCUAAUAAAACAAUAAGGGGGGGGACCUACUGUCCUCCCCCCCUGGCCCCCACGCCUGAGCGGCGGGUGGGGGCCCUAAUAAAACACGGGUAUGAUGGACUUUUCUUUGGCCUUUUUGGGGGCUGAAGAAAGAAGAUUUUAAAAAAAAGAAGAUGUCAAAUGGUAAGUUUAAUUUCUUUUUACAGGUUAGUUAUUUUAUUCCCCCCUCACUAUUUUUAGGGUGAGGGGGGUAGGUAGGGGAUAGUUUUUUUUUUGGGUGGUGGGGGGGUGUGACUAGGGGCUUGGGACCCCUAGUCACCUUGAUUGGGGGGGUGUUUCAUUUAGGGCCCCCACCCACCGCUCAGGGGUGGGGGCCGGGGGGCAGGACAGUAGGUGUCCCCCCCUUAUUGUUUUAUUAGGGCCCCCACCCACCGCUCAGGGGUGGGGCUGGGGGGGAGGACAGUAGGUCCCCCCCUUAUUGUUUUAUUAGGGCCCCCACCCACCGUGCAGGGGUGGGGGCCAGGGGGGGAGGACAGUAGGUCCCCCCCCUUAUUGUUUUAUUAGGGCCCCCACCCAUCGUGUAGGGGUGGGGGCCGGGGGGGAGGACAGUAGGUCCCCCCCUUAUUGUUUUAUAAGGGCCCCACCCACCGCUCAGGGGUGGGGGCCAGGGGGAGGACAGUAGGUCCCCCCUUAUUGUUUUAUUAGGGCCCCCACCCACCGCGCAGGGGUGGGGGCCGGGGGGAGGACAGUAGGUCCCCCACCUAAUAGUUUUAUAAGGGCCCCCACCCACCGCUCAGGGGUGGGGGCCAGGGGGGAGGACAGUAGGCCCCCCCUGAUUAUCUUCAUGGCCCCCACCCGCCGCUCAGGGGUGGGGGCUGGGGGGAGGACAGUAGGUCCCCCCCCUCAUUAUCUUCAUGGCCCCCACCCGCCGCUCAGGGGUGGGAGCCGGGGGGGAGCACAGUAGGUCCCCCCCUCAUUAUCUUCAUGGCCCCCACCCGCCGCUCAGGGGUGGGGCCGGGGGGGAGGACAGUAGGUCCCCCCCCUUAUUGUUUUAUUAGGGCCCCCACCCACCGCUCAGGGGUGGGGGCUGGGGGGGUGGACAGUAGGUCCCCCCCUCAUUAUCUUCAUGGGCCCCACCCGCCGCUCAGGGUGGGGGAGGGGGGAGGACAAUAGGUCCGCCCCCCCUUAUUGUAAUUUAUGUAAUUUAUUUUCAACAGUGAGCAGCCACAGGCUGCUCACUGUUUAGCAGACAUGCCCCUACUCGCGGUAUAGCGAGAAGGGGCAUUUGGGAGAUUUUAAUCUCCCUUGUGCUAUUAUGGGGGUCAUAUUGACCCCCAUAGAGUGAGAGGGGGACCUGGGGGGGCUUAUGAAGUGGUGGGGAGCACUGCUCCCUGCCGCUUCUAUAGUUACAUAUUACAAGGAGGGAGCUGCGUGCCGGUAGCUCCCUCCUUGUAAUAACCUGCACGAACAAACAUACACUGAUACAUAGUGUUUGUUUGUUCGGCUGAUAUUUCUAUUCACUCAUUCGUCUGUCUGAUGAAUGAAUGAAUAGAUGAAAUUCCCGUUCGCAUGUCCAGGUGUUUCACUGGGCAUGUGCGGGAAUCUCACAGGCUAUCUAGUGUGGGCUGAUGACGUGUCCCACAGGGACUUCACCUACCCACACAAAGAUGGCGGCGCCCUGAAUAUAGAUCAGGGCAGAAAAUAAAGAUUUAAAAAGAGUUAAUCUGGAGGGCUUAGGGGUAUUUGGGGGUGACUAGUGGGUCAAUUGGAUGUAGUGGAGGCGGGAGGGGGGUUAAAAAAAAAAACGGGAUUUGGCAUGACAGUGCCACUUUAAGACUGAUCUAGCAGAAGUUAAACAGCAGAUCAUGACACUAGAAAUGGAACAAGCAAUUCUAUUGGCCCCAGCUGAUGGACUGAAAUUGCAGCAACAACUAAAGGUGGAAUUGCUUAAGUACAAGAAUGAACUGGUUAGAUUUAAAAAGCAAAAGUAUGAAAUGGUCCAACAAGACUAUAAGGACCACCGUGUAUAUAGGUGGCUAUCGGGUGACCGUCCAUCAAGACCAAGGCGAUUCCGGAAAAGGAUUGUCCGCCCGAAGAUUCCAACAAUAGACAUUACCUCUGGGGAAUUGACAUCGGAGAAUGAAACCCCUAAUGAAACAUCUGCUUUUUUAGGCCAGAUAGAGACGGGCACUGUCAUCAGGAGCAAGGUCAGAGGCGAAGAGGGUACAGAAAUAGGAGAGGGCGCAAGGGUAAAAGUGGUGCCAAGGGGAAAACCCCCCUAUCAGAGAUAAACCCCAUUUUCAAUCUCUCCAAUAGACAACUCAGUGAAACGGAAGUCAACAUCCUCAGUAAGGGACUAUCAUAUGUCCCUACCAGUUUGGCCAACUCCUUUAGGUGGAGUACUGAGUUGUUCCAGUUUGGAAGAAAUAUGAGGCUUAAAGAAUUAUUUCACUCUAUGAAUAAGAACACACCAUUAUCGACAUCUAUGGGCCUAGAGAAAUUCAGAGUUAAAUCUACAUUCGACCCACAAACUAUCAAAUCAUCUAUUAAGACAUCCCUUACAACCACAUGUAAGAUGACGCAAGAAGUUUUGUCUAAACAGCGAGAUAAACGGCACAAUAUCAGUAAAAAGGAGCGACGACUUCUUGAAAAUUUGUCCAAGGACCACACUAUAGUUAUCCGCUCAGCGGACAACUAUACGGACUAUGCGGAGGACCUUAGACACCAACUCCAAGAUUCAAAUACAUAUUGUCUUUUACCCGGUGACCCCACUUUUUUUACCCGGUGACCCCACGGACAUCCAAAGAAAAAUAUCUGAUGUAGUGGAUAUGGGCCUCAGAGCCAGUUAUAUCAGUCCUGAUUUGCAUAAAUUUUUGAAUAAACAACAUCCUCGCACUCCUAUCACUUAUAGUAUACCGAAGAUCCACAAGGACAUGAACAGACCUGCUGGCCGCCCCAUUGUUUCUGCUAUAGAAGGCGUUCUAGAGUCCAUAGCACAAUGGUUGGAUUUUAUAUUUAAAGGACCAGUAGAGGAGUUACAUACAUGUAUUAAAGACAUGCAGACUCUCCUGCAUAGAAUUAAAACAUUGGAAUUUGAUGGCAAGCCUCCAAUAUUUAUCACCAUGGGUGUUAAAAGCCUAUAUACAGUCAUCCCCCAUAAAGGGGGUAUUGAGGCAAUGCGACAGGUGUUAUGUGGUUCUUCGGUUUAUCGGGGCCCAACUAUCAAAUUCGUGUCUCUAAUCCUUCAUAACAACCACUUUAGGUUUGAGGAACAGUGGUACCUACAGGUAGCAGGAACAUCGAUGGGAUCAACCAUGGCCCCAAUGUAUGUAAACGCGUACAUGUAUGUAUACAUGAAGGUCCACAUACUGACCCCCUACCAGGAGAAGAUCAUUGGUUACUACCGUUUUAUAGAUGACCUUUUGAUCAUCUGGCUAGGUACUUGUAUUGAGGCACAUUCUAUGGUGGAUGAACUUAACUUACUCCCUAAACCUAUUAAAUUCACAACCAACAUUAGUGAGGAUAGAGUUCAGUAUCUGAAUCUGAAACUUUCGUAUGGGACAAAUGGAGUCCAGUAUACUUUAUUUUCAAAACCAACGGAUCGUUACACUUUGUAACAUGCAGACAGUGCACACCCCAUUCCUUUGAAAAAGUCUAUUCCCAAGGUGCAAUUCUAGAGGGUCAUCCGUAACAAUUCGGAUGACAAAAAGGCUGAGCUACAAUUGAAGGUUAUGACCCGGAAGUUUUGGGGGCUAUGACCGUCAGAUAUUGGAGGAUGCGCUGUUGAAAGCUAGAAUGGCUCCGGUGUGCAACAAGUUGGAUACUGUACAGAGGAUAGUAUUCCUCAUGACGUUUCAUAAUUCUUCUAAUGAAGUGACAGCAAUUGUUAAAGAAAAUUGGAGAAUGGUCGCCUUGGAUGAUACACUACCAAAGAUUUUCAAAGAAAGCCCAUUGAUCUGUUACAGGAAAAAUAAAAGCCUUAAAGAUAUGCUGGUACACACGGAUCCUGUGGAAAGUUAUUCCAGAGUGGACAAACACAACAUAAGGGGUGCAUUCAGUGUCUUGGGUGUGUAACCUGUGUACAUAUGAUCGCAGCAAAAAAGUUCAACCACCCACACACCAAUAAAACAUAUGACAUAAGACAUCCUAUCAAUUGUAAAACCCCACACAUUGUUUACAAAUUGGUAUGCCCGUGUGGCCUUCACUAUGUGGGAAAGACAGAAACACCCCUGUGCGAGAGGAUUAGGGGCCACUGUUCAAGCAUUAGGUUGGUGUAUAGGGAUGGACAGUCGGACAAGCCCAUUGCCCAGCAUUUUCUGGAUAAAAAACAUCCCUUAGCAUCUCUUAAGUUUAUGGGCAUUGACCAUAUCCCUUACCCCUGGAGAGGGGGUAAUAGAGGGAAAAUACUGCUUCAAGAAGAAGCGUUUUGGAUCCAUCAACUAAAUACGGUGUCGCCUUUGGGACUUAAUGAGAAUGUUACUUAUCAUUCUUUUUUAUAGGGAUGUCCAGCUAGCCAAUAUGUUUUUAAUAUAUAUAUGGUACAUGUGAACAUACAUAUGAAUAAUUAAUUUUAAAUAUCUAUGUAGCACUUUUAAUAUCUAUGUAGCACUUUAUAAUUAGCACACUUUCACUUUAAUAUUUAUUUUGCACUUUAAUAACUUAUAGUACUUUCCUUUAUAUAUAUGCACUUUAUUAUACAUACAUUUGCUAACUAUUGGUGCACUUUAUCUGAUGCACUUUACACUGAAUCACAUGUAUGUAUUAUUGUGCGGUAUUUCUUAUAGGAUUAUGACUUCCUACUAGUUACAUAUAUUCUAUAUGCACUAUCACAUUAGUAUUAUCAUCCUAUUCUUCUUAAGUUAUCUUUUGCAUUGGGAUUGGCGUAUUCAGACACGUUCACAAUUUAUAUUCGUUUACACAGUUGUCUUGGAAACCAGGUUUCCCGACUGUCCAUCAUGUCAGGCACGUAUGAUCACAUGAUGGGAGGCGUGGCAUGCUUUGUAGUGCGCGCACAUACCUGGAAGUGCACUUGGUAUCGGCGGGACGGGCGAACACCCUGGUGAGUCAUUCCACUAAUUAUUAAUGGUAUAUAUUGUUUGUAGAUGCGAU